GUUUUCUUUUCACUCUAUCCAUAUCCUUUGCCGUUGCAACACAUCAAAUGGCCCACCGCUUUUUGCUCGACCUUUUCUCCCAUACUCGGUGGUGGUGGUGGUGAUGCGUGUUGGAGCAGCUUCCUGCACCAUUUGCCUCUGUGAUACCCACAGAGCUUGCAUACUGAGAAGCCCGCCUCUUGUCCCCUCUUGCUCUGUUGGCUGAUUGGAGCCAAUGAUCCGGCGGACCAAGCUGCAGUGGAGGACCGAAGGCACAGUCUUGGCCGUCCCAGGGCUCUGCAUCGCCCAUCCUUUCCUUCUCCACGUGCGCCAGAGUUCAAAGAUGGCCUCUUUCUGGGUGAGGUUGCCGUUCUUUGUUCGCUGUGCCUUUGUGUUGAAUCUUUACUGGGGGGUGGGGGCCAGGCUGGGGAAGUGGAAGGAGAUAGGAGUCAGAGCUCUUUCUUUGCCUUGACUUCGCUUUCUGGAGGGGCUCAACUACGAGUGAAAGGUGGGGGUUGGCCAAGAAUGUCUGUCCUGUUGUGACUUUUUAAAGAAAAUCCUCCCCCCGCCCACUGUGUUUGUUUUGUUUUGGCUGAUGCAGCCAGCAUGACCAAGUCAUGGAAUCAUAGAAUGUAGAGUUGGAAGGGAUCUCAAGGAUCGUCUAGUCCAAACCCCUGCACUGCAAGGAUCAUGACUAAAGAAUCCCUGACAGGUGGCCACCCAGCCUUUGCUUAGAAAUCUCCAAUGAAGGUGUGUUUACACCUUCCGAGGUUGACUGUUUCACUGUCAAACAGCUCUUACAAUAGGCUGGGCUUGCUUUCAUCAUGUAUUUCUACUUAAAUCUUCUUAGAUCUGGGAUGGGGAACCUGUGGUCCUCCAGAUGUUGCAGGACUUUGAAUCCUUCCUAUCUUUGUCCAUUGGCUGUGUUAGCUGGGCUGAUGGAAACUGGACUCCAGCAACUUCUGGAGGGCCAUGGGUUCUGCCCCUACCUGAUUCAGAUGCUGCGUUGGGGAGGCCAGAAGUUGCCCUGAACCAGAGUCUGCGUUUAAAUCGGCGGGCACCAGGUUGACAAAGGCUGUUCUGUGCUACUUCAGAGUGUGAGCCUCAACCUGACACUGCUGCUAAAGUUCCCUUUCUGCUGGAGGAGAUCAGCGAGGAAUCUGUACAGUGGCCUCGUGCCACGACUGUCCAGGCCACUCCUAAGGCCAACACAAAAGGUAAGGCCGAGUGUUGGCAGCAUAGCAAGAGAGGAUGUGGCCUUAGUUGGAUUCCAGUUCUGAAGCAAGGGUCAGUGCCCUGAGGGUAGCAUCCUAUUGCACUGUAUUUGGAAUACUGUGUGCAGUUCUGGUUGCCUCACCUCAAAAAGGAUAUUGAAGAGUUAGAAAAAGUUCAGGAAAGGGCAACCAAAGUGAUCAAGCAGAGGGAGCAACUGUCCUAUGAAGAAAGGUUGCAGCAUUUCAGUGUAGAGAAAAAAGGCGAGUAAGAGAUAAUAGGAUAGAAAUUUAUAAAAUUGUGCAUGGGAUUGAAUUAGAAUAGAAUAUUCUAAUAUUCUAAUGCAUGGCAUGGAGAAAGUGGAUAGAGGAAUGGUUUUCCUCCCUCUCUCAUCUCACUAGAACUCGUGGACAUCCAGUGAUGCUGAAUCAGCAAGCAGAAUAAUAGAACUGGAAGGUAUCAUCUAUUCCAACCUCCUGCAAUGCAGGAAUCUUUUGUGCAAUAUGGGGCUCGACUCCAUGGCCCCGAGGUCAACAGUCUCAUGCUCUGCCGACUGACUGUUGAGAGAUUUGGGAUAGAUAAAAAGAAAGGACUUAUUAACACAGUGCAUAAAGUUAUUAAAUUUGCUCUCACAAGAGGCGCUGAUGGUCAGCAAUGGCUUUAAAAGAGGAAUGGGCAGAUGCAUGGAGAAUAAGGCUAUCAGUGACUACUAGCCAUGAUGGAUCUGCUCUGCCUCCGCAGUUGGAGGCAGCAGCAAGGAUUUUGAGUAUCAGUUGCUGGAAACCGCAGGAAGUGAGGGAGCUCUUAUGCCUGAAUCCUGCUUGCGGGUUUCUUACAGGCAUUACAAAUGUGGCUUUGCCAUACAACAGCAUGUGCAAGGUUGCAAGCGGGGACGUUCUCCUACUGCUAAAAGGUCAUCUCCCCCACCUUAACUGGUGCUUUGGGGCUAUAGCAGCAAAGACAUUGCUUUGACGUUGGAGAUAGAGCUAGGUGCCCUUCACCUCCAUCAGCCCCAGCCUCCUACAGCUAUGCUGGGAGGGACUGCCGGCAACUGUAGUCCAAAAUGCCUGGGGCGCCUCAGUUUGUGGAAGGGCAGUACUAGGGGACGGUUCCCUCGCUUCCAACUUUUUCUUCAGGUUCUCAUUAACACUUGAGCUGUGCAAGGAUGGAUUACUGGCUGAAGUGUGUUAGGCUAAGCUGGAUAAGUGUCCCUGUGACUAAACCUUGGCUUGCACACUUCUUGUUGCUUAUGACGGGCCAAUUUGCUCCUAAUUCGUCCUGAUGGUGGUGGGGAGAGAGAGGGCGCGGGGCCAGGGUGAACAUAGUUGUGCCUUCUCAAUGUCCAAACUGUAAAAGCAUUUCCUCUGGACUCUGGAAUCUUUCCUUCCAAAUGCCACUGGCUUUCUAACUUGAGCAGCGGUGCAGGCUGCUUUCCAUCCCGUUUGAAGGCAGAUUUCAGGCAACACGGGGGGAAGGUUUUGACCCCAAAGGAGCAUGCCUCGGAUUGUUGUGGCCGUGUGUCACCCGGCAGGUUAAGUUUACAGCGUGUCGUGCAAUUGCCUUAUUUGUAUUGGACAAGGGAAAACAAACGAGGCAGGAGACGGGAGAGCUGUCUGGUAUGUUCUUGAUGCGCCCCAAACUACAAAUAGCCCACAGUGGCGGGGUUGGGGGGGUGGAGGAGGAGGCAUGGGGCAUCUCAGCCACAAGCGUAGUGCUACUUUUAAAAUGAUAAAUAUCACGUCUGUAACCUCCUAUAAUUUUAGGUCACCCGCAAGCAUGGCCUGAAUUCCUAGCAUGGGGGCAGGUAUAAAAUUAGAGGAUUUAUUUUCAGAUUGUGGCCGCUCUGUUGGGGGUCUUGAAUGUGGGGCUUUUCAGAAAGCUACACUCUGAUCAAGGUUGGCCCUCGGUGAUUUUGUUGUCAAAUCCUGGGAGGUUUAAUAUGGCAAUAAAUCUGCAAAAAAAAAAAAGUGGGGGGGUCUUCCCCAAGCAUCUUGUAUUCAAAAAAACAACAGCUUUUCUCCCUGUGUGCAGCACUUUAAAACGGACAAACUGCAUCUUGGCAUGAAUUGCAAUUGUUGGAGUAGUUGAGAGUAGGAACCCAUUGCUAGUCCCUGUCUUUGCAAUGAUCAUGUUUCCUUUUUUCCUUCCUGCAUUUAUACCUCACCUUUUCCCUCCAAGGAUCUCAAAGUGGCAGACAUGGUUCUCCUCAUUUCACUCCCACAACAACCCUGUGAGGUAGGUUAGGCUGAGAUGGGGUUGCCAUACAUACGGAAUUUCCUGGACAUAGCCAGAAUACUGCAGUUGGAAGCAGUGUCUGGGCGGAAAUCCAGAUGUAUGGCAACCAAUGUCAGAAGUCUAGAUUUUGGCGAUUUUCCUGAAAAAUGGCUAAAAACUUCUUCUUUUUUGAGAUUUUGCAAAAAAAAGCUAAACAACUUGGGGCAAUUUUUUUAAAAAGUUCAACAACUUUUGUGUUCGGAUUUUCACUUUUUGAAAUACAGUGGUACCUCGAGUUAAGAACUUAAUUCAUUCCGGAGGUUUGUUCAUAACCUGAAACUGUUCUUAACCUGAAGCACCACUUUAGCUAAUGGGGCCUCCUGCUGCCGCCGCACAAUUUCUGUUCUCAUCCUGAAGCAAAGUUCUUAACCCAAGGUACUAUCUCUGGGUUAGCAGAGUCUGUAACCUGAAGCGUCUGUAACCCGAGGUACCACUGUAUUGCAAAAUUAGGCUGAGAGGUGUUGAUGGGCCCAAGGUCACCCAGCUGAGAGCUUCAUUGCAGAGUUGGGAUUUGAACUCAGGUCUCCCAGAUCCUCAUCUAACAUUCUAACUACUAUACCAGCAAGAGGAUUCUGUGAGUGUUCCCGUAGUUUUUGGGGGAACAUGCAUUAUCAUGCAUUAUUAUCUAGACACCUCUUGCUAGCACCAAUCUUCUGCUUGUGCAAAUAAAUGGUUAGCAGCCUUUAUGGCAUGGAGCUGCUGGCUAUUCCUGUGCUCAGAACAAGAACUGUUUGGUGGCACUGAGAGAUCUCGGAACAUUCAGAGGGUUUGCAGUGAUGGCUUUGUAGCUCGUAAAGAACUCCAACCUCCCCUGCCCCAUCCCAGCGGCUUUUCUUGUCUCCUCCUAUUGCACAGACCUAUGUUUGCAAUCGCAUGCUAGAAUCAUAGAAUUGUAGAGUCGAUGGGACCCCAGGGGCCAUCUAGUUCAACCUGCUGCAGUGCAGGAAUCACAGCUAAAGUAUGAAUGAGAACCGGCCCACCUGUAUACAGAGUCUUGCGGCAGCUGAAGUGGAUGCUCUCAAGGCAAAGCAUCGUGAGGCUUAGAUGCGACAGACGGGCCCUGAUAAGUCAGUUAUGAUCUAAGCUGUUCCCCGGGGUCUUGUCUCAUUUUGCUAAUGGCUUCAUAUUUUAGAUUUGAGCUCCAUAUGUGACUUUAAUUCUUCUGCAUCAGCCUUCCCUAAGCAGCCAGCAUGACCAGAUGGAGCAAGCCUGUUUUCUGCUUCUCCAGAGGCUAGGGCCCGUACCAGUGGAUUCAAAUGACAAGGAAGAAAAUUCUGACUUAGCAUUAGGAAGAACCUCCUUGAUGGUAAGAACUGUUUGACAGUGGAAUGGACCACGGCGCUCAUUCCUUGGAAGGUUUUAAACAGAGGUUGAAUGGACAUCUGUCAGGUUUAAUUUAGCUCUGAUUCCUUUGUUUUAGGGUGUUAUACUAGAUGACCCUUGGUACCUCUUCCAAUUCUACAAUUCUAUGAUUCACAGAGUCACUGCCUCUGUGACUCCUCUCCUUUGUCAGAAGCUCUCCAGCUGUGUGGAGAUCCUGGUAGGGAGAGUGCCCAGGUGGAAGGGACCUGAUGAGGCCUCUUAGGAGCUAAACUCCUCCUGCCUGCAGCAUCUGUUCCCCGUCCCCCAGACAUUAAGUUUCUCCAUUGAGAUUCUUUCCUGAGCCAACAUGGAAGGAUCCUUUCUAACUGCAGUGUGGAAAAAAAUUGGGUUUCUUUUGCCAUGGUAAACAACCCUGAUAAGAUCGGCCAUCAGAUCUUGUGGAAAGCGUCAUCUUCAGGAAGCAGACUCGCAUGACAUCUGACCCUUUGGAAAGAGGUGGAUGGUCCCCCUCAUGCUGGCUUGUAUCAGGCUGGAGGAAGGCUGGGUUACAUCAAUGCUAAUUCCAGACAGCUGGCAGUCUUACUGCAAUGGGUCCUAUUGGAAUCCAAGUAGGGUCAUUGUCUGGAGCAGGGGACUGGCUUGCAUCUUUCUGUAUCUUCUUUUUCUCCACAUAAAACUAUUAUUCCCAUUGGGUACUCUGAAAAUAUUUGUUUCCCUCCCUCCUCAUUAAAAGCCUCUUUUUGGGGUGGGGUGGGGUCAGGACCCAGCCACCCAUCCUUUUAAGAGCAUAAGCCAGUGGUCCAUCUUGUCUAGUAUCCCUGUCCUCACAGUGGACAACCAGAUGUCUGUGAGAAACCCACAAGAGCCCUCUCCCCUCCUGUGGUUUCCAGCAAUCGGUAUUUUGAAGCAUUUCUGCUGCCAAUUCUGGCAGCAGAGAACAGCUUCCCCAGCUAGUAGCCAUCGAUAGCUCUCUCCUCCAUGCAUUUGUCUAAUACAGUGGCACCCACUGCCACUUCCGGGACUGAGUUGCAGAGUUUAACCAUGUGCUGUAUGAAUAAGUCCUUCCUUUUAAUUUCCCCUGAAUCUCAUGGGCGUACCAAAUAUUUGUAGGGGAAGGGGCAAACUUUUUUGGGGGGGCCCAGAACCUUAAAUUUGUAUUGAUUUGGGGGGCAACUGCCCCCCUUGGCUAAGCCCAUCCUGGGCCUUGACCCAUAACUAUCAAUAGCACUUGCACCCUUGCCCCAUGGGCCUGUGGCUGGUGCCCUUUCAGGAUGCAAGGGUGGCCAUGCAGGCCACACAUCCAGGCCUGCUCAGCUUCAGCAAGGUUAGUGGGGGGGGGUCGUCUCUUUGGCAAAUUUAUUUAUUUGUUAUGAUUUUAUAAUGUAUAUAAAACAGACAAAAAGAUAAAAAAACCCCUAUAAAAUGGGCACGUAGAAUGAGUUGGACAUGAGUUAAAACAGCAAAUCCAAGAAAAGAUUGUCAACUUUAUCAGAUCUUAGCAAUGCGAGCGUUCGAUGCGCCACUGAUUCCUGGCUAUUUCGCCCGCGCUAUGCCAGGCGCGGAGGGCAGCCCAACCUGCCUCCCACCCGGGCGGCUGUAGCUGCCGCUCCUCCAGCGCAGGGUCCGCGCGGCCCUUUUUAAAUCUGCCCAGCCUCCCGCCUCCUCCCCGCCUAGGGGGCGUGGCCCCACAGGCACCUGGCCAGCCCCGCCCCUCUCCCGACCCAGGUACGGAGUCCUCGCUCAGGGAGCCGCUUGCCGAAGGAGACCAAGGAAGUCCCGCCCUUCCCCCGAGGAUCCGCCUCCCCAAUGGCUGCAGCGGGGGCCUGGCCGUCUCCCAUUGGCCGGGUGUGGGUGGAGGGGCGGGGCGAGGAAAGGGGCGCCGGCGCCGAGCGUCGUCCCGUCCCGAAGUCUGAGGGGCAGCGGUGGCGGCGGCAGUAACAUCAUGAAGAGCCUCAAGUCCCGCCUGAGGAAGCAGGAAGUGUCGGUGGCGGGAGGCGGUGGCAGCCUCGGGGGGGUGAGUGGCUGGGGGGGAGGGCCAGGUGAGGAGGGCGCUGAGGGGGCGAGAGUGAGGGGCAGCCUCAGGCCAAGGGAGGGGGAGGGGCAGCCUCAGGGCAAGUGGGGGCAGAGGGGUGGAAAGGGAAAGUGGGGAGAACUUGGGGGGGGCUCUGGCAUGCAGCUCCCGUCUUUCCAGGGGAUACAGCGAGGGAGGUAGUUGGAGGGUCGUCUGGAAGAGGGAGGGAAAUGGGGUAAUGUGUGACCCACAAAACGGAAUGGGGGGAGGGACAAUAGGAGCAGCAGCAAAGUCACGCUCUUCCUUGUUUUGACAUAUUUUUCUCAAAGCCCCCGCGCUCGCCCUCUUUUUUUUUUUGUGUGGGGGAGGAUGGAGAUCCAAAUCCCGAGGUAGGAAAGUUUUCGCCCUUAAUCCAGUUGCCACAGAUCUCUCCCUCCCUCCCUUCCUCCCUCCCUCUCACUGUUGCAUGGGUUGCACUUUCCAGGGCAACGUAAGCUCUGCAUUUGUUGUCACACACACACACAAAUAAAAAGCUGAAUGAGUUUGGCCCUCCUCCUGAUGCUGGUGCUGGCAGAAUUUACGUGCAGUUGAGAAGGCCUCCCCUGCAUAGCAAUCUUCUGCACUUGCUGAGCAAAGCUGAAAUAGGAGCACCCAGGAAAUGUUCUGUGAGAGCAAAAGAGAUGGAAAGCUGCGUGCCAUGUUUUUGAAAAUAAGUUCAUCUGGGAAACUGUUCAGCCGCUCUCGAAGUGAACUAAAAAGGCUUCUUGGUUAAACUGCUUCCCUUGAAAGCACCAAAGUGAGUUGUUGAACACUUUGUGCAUUCAAUUUCCCCCCCUGAAAAUGUGUUAAGAACUUUUUUAAAAAAUAUGGAUAUAGGCAUGAUGAACAUUAUCUUAAUUAAGUUUGACAUGACUUCACAAAAGAUGAAGAUUUAUUGUAUCUCAGCCCAAAGUGUGUUGUUGUCAUCCAUCUGUCUCAAGAGACAAUGGAGUGUGUCCCUGGGGGUGAAGUCAAACUGUUGCAGUAGUGUGUAUGGUUGGAAAUAAGUUUCAUUGCUUCCAGCCAGACAUACUUCCAACUAUGUAGAUUUGAGACAACAGCCAUAAAAUGAUUAAUUAUGCUUUCUUUGAAUAUACAUUGGAAAGGGCCCUGUUCACUUAAGUUGUUUAUUGGUUCUCAAACUUUUUUCAGCAAACCACUUAAGAAACUUUUUUUUUGUUCUGUAAAGCAAAGCACAUGUUUAACUAGUAUCUUAAUAACCAUAGUAUUGUCUUUUCUAAUGUGAUGAAUGUACCUGUUCUUGUGAACAAAAGUUAUUUGAAGUUGGGUUUGUCAGUUGCAACAUUUUUCCUGCUUCUGUAUUUAGACUUGAGGUGGAGUGAUGAAAAUCCCAUAUUGCGCUAGUGCUGUUGUAUGAAAAUCAUGGGCCAUAGUCUGUUUAGUAAUCUGGUCCCAGCUCUAAAUGGUCUUGUCAGUCAUCAAAAAAGAAGAAGAAGAAAUCCAGUUGUUCCACAGCUUUUCCCAGGACCACCUAAAGGGAACUUGCAGUUCACCAGUGGUCUGUGACCACUGUUUGAGAACCUCUGAUGUGUCUGAUCCACAGCCUGAAUCCAUUUGUGUGCCUCUUACUUCACAUUAACGUCUGUGGGAAGUGAAGUAAGCAGGCAGGUGAGGCAAACCUUGAUGACUUCAGGGCAAGUACUGGAAUUUCACGGUAGAGUUGUGUACCUGUUAAUGACUUUGGUUGUCAUCACAGUGACAAGACUCUGAGAUACUUGACAAGAUACAUGCUAAAUUAGUCAUCUUUAAUUUGGCAUGUCGGAAAACCACACUCUUGUUACCAGGAAGGGAGGCACCUCAGGGUGAAUUCACAUGGGAAGAGAUUGAGGUUAUGUGUUGUGUUGGGGUCUGAGAGGAAGGCGCUGAAUAAUUUGUUUGAGGACUUUGUUGUUUUUUUGCUUUGAUUGCAUGACAGAUAAUCUAUAAUUAUUCCUUCAUGCUCCAUAACUGUGGAGUGCAUCUCCCCCCCUCCAGUAUUUUUCAUUAGCUGCUGCUGGUGGCUGUCACACACCUUUAGUGUGCUGUGUUUGGUGUCAGUCUCUCCUUCAGUAAAAUCUUCUCAAAUUGUUGGUAGUCUUUGACCAAUCCCCAGAAAAUGAUGCUCCCAUCCAUCAUUGGAACAGCUUGAUGCUGAGGCUUUGGAGCUGCUUAUGUCACAGGGGAACUUUGCAGCUCUGUUUCUUUCUUGCUAUGAGGCGGCACAUAAGUCCAUGUCUAACCUCAGUUCUUUUCCCCUGCUGCUCUUAUAGAAUAGGAAUAGAGCAACCUCUCUCACAAACUUGAUGAAAUGAAUUCAUUUCUCUUGCAAAAGGUGUUAUAUGACCUGCGGGUAUACGGUGGUAUAUAACUUCAAUAAAUAAUAAUAAGUAAUAAUAAUAUGGAAAUGAAUGAAGGUGUGAAAAUGGAACAAGGUGUAGUGCCUCCGUACUGAAGUGCGUUCAUAAUUAGAACAUGUUUUUGCUUCUUGGUGUUAUGGAUUGUUAAUAUAUGGGAGAAAAAGUGGUAUUGGGAACCUUAACAUUGGGCUGACUGUGAUUGUGAAAGCAACAGUAGAGCUGAGCAAGCUACCCUCCCCCCCCGACAACAUGUUUUUUAGAUUAAGACUUAUGCAUAUGCAUACAAAGUUAAAAUGAGGUAUAAAGCAUAUCAACCUCUAUACUGAGGCAGAACCUUAAAUAUUCAUCAGAUUAUGGUCAGAGUAAAAUAAAGCCACUUGUGCACCCUUGACCAAAUCCCUUUCGGGAAGGUGAUGGAUGGCUUUUGGCAAGCUGUUGAAAUUUGUGACUUUUAGAGUGAGUCAAUAAAUAUGCUAGAGGGAGGAACUUUCUAACCUGCUCAGGGACCCUUAGGGUGAAGAGUGGAUAAUAAAUUAAAAGAACUUGUGUACACACAAACUCGUUCUUUAGAAGUAGCUCAUUUUUUAAAGAUUUUGCCAGACUUAUUUUGCUAUGGAACCUGUUGGUCUAGGCUGUUUUGACACAUUCAUGCCCACUGAACCAUAGCUAGUGUAGGCUCCAAAUGGGUGGAAUCUCCUUUGCCCAUUAUUAGCUUACCUGACCACAUACAUCAAUCAUUAGUGCUGUAUCAGCUGUUUGGAAGAACAAAUUCUUAUUUACAAAAACUCAUUUGCUUUGUUGUCUGGAAAUUAUUGCUGCUUGCCAAAGGCAUCCAGACCAAUGCAAGCCAGUACUGUAGACAUACAACCUGUACCAUGAAAUUAGACAUUGUCUCAGCAUUCUUUUUUUCAAACUUAUCUCCUGUUUUGAUUCAAAUGUUGAAAAUAUGAGCGCUUAAGGAGGGUUUUCCUUGAGGCGUUUGUGGCACAUUUUUUUUUGUGUAUGCAUGUUUUGCACAUGAAAUAGUGCUAGGGUUGUGCCCAUUGUGUGUGAGAACACACAUUUGGGAUGUGUAAAGUGAGAAGAUGAGGUGUGUAGGAAGUGCUUGGGUUUUGUUGCAUUAGGAAGGUAAUUCACUUAUUUCGUAACAUCUCAAGUCAAGCAACUCUUGCUCUCAGCCUACUUUUGAAUUUGGAAUAGGCUGCAAACCAAGGAAUCAAGUUGGCUUGCUACGCCUACUUUGGCUAAAAUGGAUCCCCUCAAAAGGAAGGCCGACAGGGAAAAAUUCAGAACUGUCAUAAACUAUAUAAAUGGUUGUAACUCUGAUUUCAUGAGGGCUAAUGAUUGACGUUGAGAUUCAUGCAGGCAGAACUCGGAGCUUUGCCCAUUGAGAUGGUUGCUGAAAAUCUGCAUAUACUCAGGACAGUGAAAGAUGAAGUGUUGUGUGUUUAGGCCAGAAAUGAGGAACACAGAGGACAAAUUUGAGGAGGACAGUUUCCUCCUAGAAUAUGCCAGCAACUCAGCCUCUUCAUUGCAGUCGGACUUGGCAGUAUCUGACUGCACACUGAAGUUAGCCUUUCUGUCAGUUGCUGAACUUUGCUCCUAAUGUAGAUCUUCUUUCUGGGCAUUUUUUUUUUAAUCACAACUGGAUUUUGCCCCAUGAAUUGUAUCUUGUGGAAAAGUACUUUUUGAGACCCAUGACUCCACCCGCCUGAUACAGCCUUUACACAGCAGCAGAAGCAAGGAGGGGCUCUUGCUGUGUGAGUUUUCCAUUUCAUUGAUCAGACUUUGGCUAUUGCAUGCUGCAAUUUCUGCUGUGCCUGGAUUAAUUACUGGUCAUAAGCUUGCAUCACUCAUUAAUUAGCAACGUUGAGGCAAUCCGAGGUCAUUUGUGUCUGUAGUCAUAGAAAGCCAGGCCCAGUGUGUAACUAUGGGAAUGCUGUUAUUACCUCCUCUUUCUGAAACAAAGAUUUUCAUUCUGUACUCCUUGAAUUUAAAAGCAGCCUUCACAUUAGCUGGCAUGCUUGCUCCAUGACGAUAUAAAUAUAAUAUAACUGGGAAAUGGGCAGUUUAGGUUUGUUUUGGCAGAUUUACUACUUGCCUGCUACAACCCCAAGAUCCACCAACCAGAGCUGGGUGCAAAAGAUGGUUGGAAGAAAAGAACAGAGUGCCUCCAAGCAUAGAAAUUUCUUUUCAGUACCAGACUUGAGCUCCUUUCUUUCACACACACAAAAUGCUGCUCCUAAUUCACUUCCUUCAUUUUGGCAGCCUAAUUUGGGUGGAAAAGGUCCCUUUGUUAUUGCUAUUGGAGUCAGCAACCCAUGUAGAUCUAUUGCAAGUCUCCCAAGAGAUCUACCAGUAGAUCCAAAUCUGCCUUCUACUCACCCUUGAUGUAAUUUAUUAAGUUUAUAGUAAUGCUGAUCCCAGCUCUGUUCUUAAAUUUCCCCAGAUCAGUUAGGGGUGGGGGUGUGUGUGGAGGCAGUGGAGUUUGAAUUGGGGCACAGGGUUAUCAGCACAUUCAGUGGGCAGCUUCCUUCCUUUGUUCAGAUUUUGCAUUCAACAAACAGCUUUGUGGAGACUCUUCUGACCCUUAAUGUGAUCAGAUGAAAGGGAAAGGUGGCCCUUUUCUUGAGAGCAAACAGAAUGCUGAGCAUCUGAUACUGGUUAUGCUGACAGCCUUAGCUUUCCUGCAAACUGUUUACAUAGGUUUGCACCUUGGUUGCCAUCUUGGUUUAAAAGUUCUUGGAAGAGAGUAGCAGUUAAGGUGGUGGUGUUGUAGGUGGAAUUGCUUACUUCAAGGGCCAGAAACCUCAUGCAAUUGUCACACUCUUUGUAACACUGUUGUUGUUCUUUGUAACACCUGGUAUUGGUUUUUAUUUUAUUUUCUUAAAACAAACCUCAGCAAAGUGUUUAUUUUUUGUUGUUUUGCUUCUGUGACAUAAGCCACUUGAGUGUGAUAGCAAUAGUUUUCAAAAAACAAAUGUAUGCUGAUUCCUGCUUUAAAUAAGAUGGCAUUAGAGGACUACCAAUUCCCUAUGAAAUUGGAAACUUUCCAUACAGUUUCAUAGGAAGGGACAUUACCAUGUUGCAUCAAUCCCAGGGGAACUUGUGGCCCCAUUUGCAUCAGAGAUGGGAGCAGCUGCACACUUUCUAGCUGCUCCAAGCUAUUUUUACCUGUAGGAGAAAUAAACCACAUGUUUUAAAGAUGGAUUUUGGACCACCUAGAAUUUGGUGGAGUGUGGAUUUCAGAGAGGGGCCAUGUUCUAGUGUGCAACUCAGUCAGGAGUUGCAGGUCAAAAGAGCUAGCUGUGGAAUGCAGACCACUGCACCCCCUUCCUCCAGUUCCUCCAGCAUUCCCUACUCUGUGCUGCUCAUGGGAAUAUGGAUUUUAUGCGGAUAUGUGUGGGGUCUUGAUUGCUGUUGGCUGGAUCAGUGAUAUUCUGUGCCAAAUUGCACAGCUAUUACUUUACUAACAAGUGAUAGUGGACAUAACCCUCCUUGUUCCAAACUCAGGAGUCUUAACCCAACUGAAGGCAGAUCAUUGGCAGCUUCCCUGCAGAGUCCAGCGAUUGCAGCCGAAGAGAAUGUUGGAUUUUCAGCUUUGCUUAAAAGAACUGAGGAGAUCUGCCAAUGAACGAAAUCAUUAUGGCCAAGUUGUAGAUUUCUUCCUGGGAGUCUCAACUGAGUCUUGCAACGGCAUGUUUCCAUGCUUCAGAAUUACUUCAGCAUGCUCUAUUGCUCAGAAGCAUACUUUACUGAACUGUUUACUGAUGUGUGUUUGUGUGUUUUUCAUAUAUAGGGAGUGGACAUUUAUGCAACUUCUUCUGAGAAGAAAAAUGUGUGCCUUGAAUGAAAUGCUAUUAGUGGUUAAAUAUGUCAAGACUUGCCUGUAUUAAUUACAGGGUGGAGGGUUAAUCUAAAACCUGCUGUUCUACAGUUCUAGAGUACACUGUCAAGUCAUUGCUCUUCCAGCAGGGGAGGGGCCAGUGCUGCUCACUGGUGGAGCAGAACCUGCUUUGCAUAGGGAAAGUCCCAGGUUCAGCCCCCCAACAUCAUGGCAGCCUGAUGCCCUCCAGAUGUUUUGGAAUAGGACUCCCGUAUUCAUCCUGGCUGGAGAGUUGUAAUCCAAAACUCCUGGAGGGCACCAGAUUAAGGAAUGCUGAUCCACAGUGAAAAACUGCCUUAGGUAGCACAGUUGGCAAUGACUUUCCUCUCCUUGAGAACCCUGCUAGCCAGAGAAGAUGAUACAGGCCUGACUUCCUGUAAGGCAGUUUUGUACACUCAGUGGAUAGCUGCAGGCUUAGGCCUGUGAUUCUUUGGCCUGCGCUUGCACUACAUUCAGGUUUACCUGACUAUUGCAUAGGGAUGUAAGGUGGCAGCCAUCUCCAUCCUGUCCUGCAUUCAUUGCAACAACAACAACAACAAAAAUAGUAAAAAUAAUAAAAAUAAAUGUAAUAAAUUGCAUUUAUAGCCCACCUUUUUCCUCCAAGGAGCUCAAGGUGGCAUACAUAGUUCUUUCUCCAAGUCCUCAUUUAAUCCGCACAACAACCCUGUGAGGUACGUUAGACUGAGAGGCAGUGACUGGCCCAAUAAGCACUGUUUCUAUUCCACUACAGCUCUGCUUCCACUAAAACCUACCUUAUUCAUCUUGCUGCCAGCUGUGGCUGAAAUGUACACAAUUAAUUUCAGUGCAUGUCAAUGGAAGUAAAAUGUCAAAAACAAUGCAGGGAAUAAUGCAAUUUAAGUAAUGUUUGUGGGUUUAAAAGACAGCCCUAGCGAAAACGACUCCUAUUUGCUUGCAUGAUUUUCCGUCCUGACCUCUUACAAACAUGCACAUUGUGGAAAUUCUCUUAACUUUCCUACUUUUGAGUGAGGCUCUUAGGUCGGAUUGCUUGCAUUAGUAUUCCAGCCUGCGCAAAUCACAGGCACCUCCAAAUCUGUCAGCUAAGCUCUGUUGGUUUCCCUUUGAAAGGGAUAUUUCCAUUUUGUCUUUCCAUUUCAUAAUCGGAAAUAAAGCACUCUUGCCAGUGUGAGUGAUGGCAUGUAAACAUCAGCUGGAUUUAAUUUUGUUUGUCUCUCAGACUGUGUGUAAGAUUGGGGGGGGGUGCCUGUAUAUGGAGGUGGCAGUGGGGUCCUGUUUCUUUCCAAACUAAACAUAAGCUUCAAACUCCUUUUUCUUGUGGGAAGAGUAGAAGUGUGUGAAAGUGCUUCCUCCUGUUCCUUUUGUGGGUGUUUGCUUGGAAUUUAUUCUACCCUCGAGAAGCCAUCUCAUAACUGAUGGCAGACUUUCUUUAUUCAUUAAGGUGCCACAAGACUUAUUCCUUCCACCCCACUUUGGUGAAGACACUGACAUUUGCAAAACACACACUUUAUGAGCUGGGCAAUUAAACUGAGAAAGCUGCCAGCUAAUUGAGAAGGAGCAGGCUGUCCCUCCCACAUGUAACAGGAAGGUCAGUCUCUUCCUGUGAUGUUUUAAUCUUUCUGGAAUGCUCUCCUCCUUUGGCUAAAUCGUGAGUUAGGGUGAAUGUAGCUUUAAUGAUAAGAAAAAAGCAGUUCCCCAAAUAUUUUUCCAAGGGGACGUGUCUAUGCUGGGUGAGGCAGGCUUGAGUUUGAAGAAACUUCAUGGGAGAGUUUUAGUUCAUUCUCAGGAUUUGAUGCCUAUUUUUCCAGAUGUGUAAGCAAAUUUUCCUCAAGGCCAAUUGGCUUGUGACCCUUCCAUUUCCUCCCCACCCCUCCUUCCGUGUCCACUUGUAAAGAUUUACUUAUUUGCUUAAACCAUUCUGCAAACACCUUGGUGUGGUGUAGUUCAGGCAUUGCCAAGCUGGUGCCCUCCAGAUCUUUUGUAACCACAAUUCCCACCAGCUGUUGUACAAAACAUCUGGAGGGAGCCAGCUUCACGAAGGCUGGUAUAGCUUGUUCAUCCCUCAUCUCCACUUGCGGCACAGUCUAGGACUAUAUGGGUUGUAUUCAGGUCCUAACCAAAGUUAUUAAUUUCAGAGAGUCUAGUCUGAAAAGAACUAGCAUGGAAUAUCACAGUAUCUGUUUAACUGUCAGAGAUGCUGACAUAUUGAGGACCAUGUAUUGGGACUCCAAGCAGUUUGGCUAACUGUGCCCAGUUGCUGCUAUGCCAAUGACUUCCCCACUGCCCCAGUUUACCCCCAAAUUCUCAGAAUUGUUGCUACUGUAUGCAGACUUGUGACUUAAAGAGCAAAUCUGUUCUUAGAUACACUCCACAGAAAAAUAUUUAUUUUUGUGAGCAAUGUUGGUAUCCAAUAUGUUGCUUGUAGUGGUGUGCGGUGAUUUUUUUUUGUAGGGGAACAGUUAAGGCCAGAGGUGUCAGCUUGCAAGGACGAUUGUGGGGAUGGGAGGACUGGGAUGACAAUGUGCACAUGAGCGAUGUUGCACACAUGAGCAUCGUACCUCCCUCCUUAAGUCAGGCAGAAGCUUCCCAGGCUUUGGGAAGGAGGUACCAGGGGAAUAUUUAGGGAACUAGCCUAGUCCCCUGACCGCACCCCACUGGUCACUUGAUAGUAUUAAAGCUAUUUAUUAUGUUAAAUAAGGUAAUGAGAGACUGUAUAGCAGAGGAAAACCCAUAGAGGAAGAGCCAUCUGCCUUGCGUGUAGCAGGUCCCAGGUUCAUUCCCCAGCAGCUUUUCCAGGUAGGACUGUGAAAGACCCCAUUCUGAAACCCUGGAGAGCUGCUGCCAGCCAGUGUGAACAAAACUGAGCUAGAUGGACCAAUGGUCUGACUCAGUAUAUGGCAACUUCCUAUGUUUUCCCCAUGAGGAAGGCAAACGACCAGCAGUAGGUGGGGUCUACUGGAAAUCAUGACUGGUUGUGUUUAUGAUAAAGAAAUGUGUAUGGACUGAGUGCUGUGUGUGUUUCUGCAUGGCUUUCAGAGUGUCAUCAAGGUGGGGUGCCAUCUACAGAGGCACUCGCUUUGGCAGGUAGCCCGUUUUAAAAUAAAAGCUGCUGUGUGGUUGGAAGCCUGUGCCUCUGUGUGUCUUGGCAGGAGAAUCACUAGUGUUGCUGUUCUCGUGCUACAAGUCCGGGCCAUGAGGCAGGAAGAAGCAAAAAGGGGAGGGUGUGUGUGUAAACAAACAACCACUAAUUUCACAUGAGCAUCUGUGGCAAAAACGACGGUGGAGGGAGAGAUCUUGAUGGCCCACAUACACACUUUAUACUGAGUUCCCAUUUGGCAGCAAAUGCUGCUUAAGAAUGAAUAGUUGGGGCAAGGCAUGGUUACCAAAUGCAUGAGUGUGGGACCCCCUGCUGCUAAUUCUUUCUGUGUGUAGUCUGGCAUCAUGUGAGGCAGGCUAGGGACAUGCAUAAACAAGUACAGCCAGUGCAUUUGGAGAACCAGUGUGGUGCAGUGAUUAGUGUGUUGGACAAGGGUUCAAAUCCCUGCUCAUCCGUGAAGCUCACUGUCUUGCAACCUCACCUUCCUCACAGGGCUGUUGUGAUUAUAAAAUGGGGAGGAAGAGAACCUUAAGCUCCUUGGAGGGAUGAUGGGGUGGAAAUGCAAUGAAUCAAUUUAGCAAAUUUCCAAAUGAAGAACCUUGGGAAUAGUGGGUUUCAAAAUGCAUGGAAGCAUUCCAUCGGAUCUCAGUGAAUUCCCAAUCUUUGAUGCAAACAGCGGCAUUUGUCAGUAUGGCUAGUUCUAGUCAAUUCCCACUAUUAUUUGAAUAUUCUUGAUUCGGGUUGCACCUUGUAUAUAUUUCCUUAUGCUGAUAUCCUAUUCCCUCCACCCACCCUAGAACCCAAGGUAGUAUGCCUGCAGUUCCCAAGUAGUCUCCCAUCCAGGAACUGACCAGAACCGGACCUGCUUAGCUUCAGCAAGGGGCCAUGUAAUGUUCCUCCCUGCAUAUUGACAUCAGACAGGUGCCUUCAUUGUAUUCCUUCAGUGCCUGCUUAAAACUCCUUUGUUUUGGCAAGCCUUUCCAGAAAUAUAGAAGUUACAUGUGUUUUAAUAUCAUUUUAGCUAGUAUGGAACUUAAGCCUCUUUUAAAUAUUUUUAAUACCUGUUUUUAACUUUUUUAUAGAUGAUUUAAAUGCUUAAUUUUAUUUGGUUGUAAACUGCUUAGAGGUUUGAGUCCCCUCCCACUGAAUCAAGUAGGAUGUACAUUCUGUUUAAUAAUAAAUAUGUUGGAAAUUUGGGGUAUGAUUUAUUAAAUGUUACCCCGAAAAUAAGUUCCCUGACAGAUUUCAUUGUAAGCCCUUGAGUACUCAUGUUCCACUCAUUCCUAGGUCAUGUUGCUCAGCCUGAUUUAGGAUUUUAUUGUGUUUGGAUAAUGUGUGUCUUGUUAGACUGGCUGCCUGGGUGUGAUCAGAAGACAGAACAGUAAUAUGUUUAAUAAAAUUGAAUCUGAAUUUUUGCUUAAAUUUGCAAAGCUGAUGAAAAGAGAGGGCUUUGAGGGCAAGAGGUCAUUGAAGAGAUUAGCACCCGGCUGCAUCACCCCUCGCUUUAGUUACUUGAGAUCCCACAGAAUGCCACUUUUAUCAGUUAUCUGUUUAAUCAUCCUGACCUUGUAGAGACUAUCGGCUCCUUGGCCCAGGAUUGUGGGAGUCUGAUGUCUCUUACAGGAACUCUGAAAGUAACUCAGUUUAAAAGAAACUUAAUCAGUUGUGGAAUUCACAGGGCAGAGAGUGACUGGAAGAGAGAAUUACAGAGUAAGAAGUACACUAUGUAUCUUUCAUAGAAAUCCCUGGAAUAAUCUGGGAAUGUCCCAUGAUUCUCCUGUUUACAGUUGUUCCACUUAGAGUUUCCAGCAUUAGAAUUGUCCCCUAGGCAAUUUCUGGUGCAUGGGCUAAUAACUUGGUGCCAGGAUACAUUCCAGUUGCAGAGUUUUGAAUAACAUGCAGUGAGCAAAAACCUGAUUCUGAAGUGUGGUCUAAUCCUUGGAACAAUGUGGUGGCAAAGCAUAAGUACACCACUUAAGCCAAAAUCCCAUAAAAAUAUAUCAAAACAUUAGUGUGACUUAAUUGUGCUGGCAGAUUAUGCUUCUUACUACUUUUGCGGAUUUUUGUGACGUAGAAACACGCAAGGUGGUGGACGCUUCUUCAUUUGAGGUUUUUCAACAGAGGUUAAAUGGCCAUCACUUAGGGAUUGUUUAGCUGUGUGAUUCCUGCAUUGCAGGGGGUUGGACUAGAUGACCCUUGGGUCCCUUCCAACACUUCAGUUCUGUGAUUAUAUAAGGUUCCAUUGGAAUUGGAGCUGUAACAGUGCUCAGUAUAUGUGGCUCAGAGAUAAAUGAUUGUGACAGAGGAAUAGAGCAAGAGAUUUCAGUUUUCAAAUACUAUAAGAGGACUUCAGAAGCCCUCGCCAAGUAGCUCCUUUUGACUGGGGUGCAUCUGUGUUGGGGCUUUUCUGAGAGGGAGACCUCUCAUUACCUUAACUGCAGGCCAGAAAUUUACACUUGAUUGGGUAUGCAGAGGUUACACUUCUGUUGUAACCCUUUUCUUUUGGCAUUUAGUGAUCACCACCAUCUCUCAUUUGGCAUGAGUCAUUAACUGCAAGAGAGAUCACCUUACCAGUCCAGUUGGUAAGCCUUGUAAGGCAGGUGCUGUUUUUCUCAAGUUGAGAGCAAAUGCUGAGGAUUUAUUAGCCUGUGGCCAGCUCCAUUUGUAAGAGAACUUGACAAAAACUUGAGUUCUGCAGAAUGAAAAAAGAAAUGGGCCCAGUCUAGUGGCGGCCUUGAUCCUCACUGCUUGGAUAAUCUAGAAACUGGAAAACUUCAAACUCCUUAGAAGCAGCAGAAACUAUUAAUAGCCUUUAUUGCUGGUAGCACCCAGUGAUUCCAAUUCUCUGUGUUCACAGCAGCUGUAUGCCCUUUCUGCUGGUAAUUUAAGAACAUCCUGUCUCAUUUUACCCUGAUCUGCAGGAGUAAUCCGUGCUCUUGGUACAUUACAUACCACAAACGCCUCUUUCUACCUUUACUGCAAGGUACUGUAAGUCUUUUAAUAUGUAGGCUCUCAAAAACCAAACAAGUUAGGAAGGAUUUACCCCUUUUAAAUAACAGGGGCUGCAUUGGAUGUAUUGUGGGUGUCUGCAAAACUUUAUAAUCUGUUUCAUGUUAGCUUUUGGUGCAUAGCUGUCAACUUUUCCCUUUUCUUGCAAGGAAUCCUAUUCGGAAUAAGGGAAUUUCCCUUAAAGGGAAAAGUUGACCGCUAUGUUGGUGAUAUGACAUGUUCUAAGAUCAUAAAUUUGUAGCAUUGGAAGGGACCCUAAGGAUCAUCCAACCCCUUGGUGAAUAGACAUUCCGUUGUGGCGACUGUGACCUUCGUUUAAGGUAUACCUAGCUUGUAUACCUGAGUUUCUAACACUGCUUAUAUAUAGUAUAAAUGUAUAGCAUUGUCAGCAGUUAGGAUUUUCUGUGUUAUUAUGAUCUUUAAAUCUCACUCUCUUCAAAAAGAAGCUGAAAAUGUCUAACAGUAAUAAGAGCAACAAAACAACUGGCAGAAAAGAAACAGCAGCAGAUAAUGCUUUGUCAAGCAUUAAAAGGAGAAUAAAUCCACCAGCAGGAGUGAGGUGGUUUCAGUAACUAACUGUCUUAGGAGUAAGCUCCAUUGGACGUGGUAGUUAAAAGCCUUUUUAAACAAGACUAAUGACCUCCUUCACAUUUUUCAGGCUUCAGUGGUUAAAGAACUUAAACUUGCAGGAGACUUGCAACUUGGGCUGUAUUCUGGUCAGGAUGAGGCAUGUCUUAUGAUUUAUCCCCCACCUCCCCAAAAAUCACUGCCUCGGUCUGCAGCAAUUCCUUUACUCCUUAUUCCCAUUACACUGUGUCUGGUUUAUCUAUCCUGCAGACUUUCUUCACUCCUCUCACUAUAAAUAUUCCUUGUGUUCUUUAUUCUGGCCUACAGGAACCUGAUUCAACCUCAUUUUUCAGUCCAAGCAUCUUGCUUCCACCAGCCCAGGAUUCAAAAAUCCAUACAGCUGGAAUCGGGUUUGAGGUUAUUUGGUCAACCAUUUGCACAGCUGAGGUUCUGUAUUUCUAAAUGUUAUUCACAGUCAUUAAUACAGCUAAUACCAUAAAAUUUCCAAAAAUAAACAUGUGAAUAUCAUGAAGACCACAUUGAGACUAUCACAAAAAAUCAUUAUCAGACACACACACACACACACACACACACACACACACAGACCACCCACUCAAAGAAAGCAGAAAAGACGUGAGUACGUAAUUUCACCCUAGAAGGGAUAUUUAAUCAUGUAUUUAUUUAGGAGCAGGGGCAGUGGGAAUGAGUUUAUGGAACCAAAGUGGCAAAGAGCCCACCAAUUCCUUGGGAGUAUAAUAUUUUUCACCAGGUUGGAACCUGGAUGUGAAAUUCAUUUGGCACCUGCUGUAGGCAGAAGGAAGCAAGAUAUAAUGUGGCAAGUCAGGUAAACAACUUAUUUUUAAGAUCUUUGAAGCUAGUUUAAUUUGCCCCCCCUUUUUUUUUUUAAAUAAUUUUUAUUAAAGUUUAAAACAACAUAACACAAAAAAAGAACAGAAAAACUCACAUAAAAAUAAUACAAAACUUAACAAUAAAAACACAAAACACAACAAUUAAAAACAAACUCUCUUUUCCAUUUCCAAUUUUACGUAACUUAUUUUCUAGACUUCCUCAAACCUCCCUCCUUUGUAUUCCAGUCCACAUUGUUUGUUCAGCAAUUUCUUUUCCACUUUUUUUUUUAAUCCCAAUCUUUAAUUUAAUAAAAUGUUAAAAUAUAUAACUUCAAUUUUUUUUUAAACCUAGUCCUUGGUCUUAAUAUCAUAUAACUUUAAAGUUUUCCCUUUUAAUAUCAAAUUUCCAUAACUUUAACCUGUGCAGCUGGAAACCACUUGUUUUCAGUCCAACAUCACUCUAACAUUCCUUAAUUUUGCAGUGUUUCUGAAGAUAGUCUUUGAAUUUCUUCCAGUCUUCCUCCAUCGACUCUUCUCCCUGGUCACGGAUUCUACCAGUCAUUUCAGCCAGUUCCAUAUAGUCCAUAAGUUUCAUCUGCCAUUCCUCCAGCGUGGGAAGUUCUUGUGUCUUCCAAUACUUUGCGAUGAGUAUUCUUGCUGCUGUUGUUGCGUACAUAAAGAAAGUUCUAUCCUUUUUUAACACCAUUUGGCCGACUAUACCCAGGAGAAAGGCCUCUGGUUUCUUAGGAAGGUAUACUUAAAUACCUUUUUAAUUCAUUAUAUAUCAUUUCCCAGAAGACCUUAAUCUUUGGGCACGUCCACCAAAGGUGAAAAAAUGUACCUUCAAUUUCUUUACAUUUCCAGCAUUUGUUAUCGGGCAAGUGAUAGAUUUUCGCAAGCUUGACUGGGGUUAUGUACCACCUGUAUAUCAUUUUCAUAAUAUUCUCUCUUAAGGCAUUACAUGCCGUAAAUUUCAUACCUGUGGUCCAUAACUGUUCCCAGUCAGCAAACAUAAUGUUAUGUCCUACGUCCUGUGCCCAUUUAAUCAUAGCCGAUUUUACCGUUUCAUCUUGAGUAUUCCAUUUCAGCAGCAAGUUAUACAUUCUUGACAAAUUCUUAGUAUUGGGUUCUAACAAUUCUGUUUCUAAUUUUGAUUUUUCUACCUGGAAGCCAAUUUUCCUGUCCAAUUUAAAUGCCUCCAUUAUUUGAUAAUAAUGAAGUCAGUCUCGCACUUUGUUUUUUAGUUUUUCAAAACUCUGCAAUUUCAGUCUAUCUCCGUCUUCUUCUAAAAUUUCCCAAUAUUUCGGCCAUUUGACCUCCAUAUUGACCCUUUUCAAAGCUUUCGCUUCCAUUGGUGACAGCCACCUUGGGGUUUUAUUUUCUAGCAAAUCCUUAUAUCUUAUCCAAACAUUAAAUAGCGCUUUCCUGACAAUAUGGUUUUAAAUGCUUUGUGUGCUUUGACCUUAUCAUACCAUAAAUAUGCAUGCCAUCCAAAUACAUUAUUGAAACCUUCCAAGUCCAAAAUGUCAGUGUUUUCAAGAAGUAGCCAUUCUUUCAACCAGCAGAAAGCUGCUGAUUCAUAAUAAAGUUUGAGGUCUGGCAGGGCAAAUCCACCUCUUUCCUUUGCAUCUGUUAGUAUUUUAAAUUUUAUUCUGGGUUUCUUGCCCUGCCAGACAAAUCUAGAAAUAUCUCUCUGCCACCUCUUGAAACAGUCCAUUUUGUCCACAAUCUGCAAAGUUUGAAACAAAAACAACAUUCUAGGCAAUACAUUCAUUUUUAUCGCAGCAAUACGGCCUAGCAGUGAAAGCUUCAAAUUUGACCAAAUUUCUAAAUCUUUUUUCACUUCUGACCAACAUUUUUCAUAGUUAUCCUUAAAUAAGUUCCCAUUUUUGCUGUCAUGUUAAUCCCCAGGUAUUUAACUUUCUUAACCACUGUUAAACCUGUCUCAUUCUGAAACCUCUCUCUUUCAAACGGUGUUAAGUUUUUCUCUAAAACCUUGGUUUUUAACUUAUUCAGUUUGAAUCCUGCAACCUGACCAAAUUCUUGAAUCAGUUCUAAAACCCUUUUGGUACUAGAUUCUGGCUCCUGUAACGUCAAUACUAAGUCAUCUGCAAAUGCUCCCAUUUAAUUGUAUUUUUCUUUAAAGUCGUCUUAGAAACAAAAUCUGGAAACUGAACACUGAGAACUUUGUUGUUGUUGUUUAGUCGUUUAGUCGUGUCCGACUCUUCAUGACCCCAUGGACCAGAGUAUGCCAGGCACUCCUGUCUUCCACUGCCUCCUGCAGUUUGGUCAAACUCAUGCUGGUAGCUUCGAGAACACUGUCCAACCAUCUCGUCCCCUGUCGUCCCCUUCUCCUUGUGCCCUCCAUCUUUUCCAACAUCAGGGUCUUUUCCAGGGAGUCUUCUCUUCUCAUGAGGUGGCUAAAGUAUUGGAGCCUCAGCUUCAGGAUCUGUCCUUCCAGGACUGAUUUCCUUAAGAAUGGAGAGGUUUGAUCUACUUGCAGUCCAUGGGACUCUCAAGAGUCUCCUCCAGCACCAUAAUUCAAAAGCAUCAAUUCUACAAGACUCCAAAUAAAGGAUUCAAAUUUGGUUUUCAUCUUGUAUAAAAGUAGAUGCCAUCCUGCAACUAUGGACAUGUGCAGCUGUUACUUUCAGUCCCUGCCUGGUUGUUGUGUGUGGUGAUUAUCUGUUAUCUCAGGCAAGUAGCAUCAAAAACAGGGCUUCCAAACAGCUCUCUGUGGAGGCGGCUCUGUGUUAGAGCUAAAAAAGGUAAAGGUAAAGGACCCCUGACAGUUAGGUCCAGCCGCGAGCGACUCUGGGGUUGCAGCACACAUCUCACUUUACUGGCUGAGGGAGCCGACGUUUGUCCGCAGACAGUUUUUCCAGGUCAUGUGGCCAGCAUGACUAAGCCGCUUCUGGCAAAACCAGAGCAGUGCACGGAAAUGCUGUUUACCUUCCCACCGGAGUGGUACCUAUUUAUCUACUUGCACUUUGACGUGCUUUUGAACUGCUGGGUUGGCAGGAGCAGGGACCGAGCAACAGGCGCUCACCCCAUCGCAGGGAUUCGAACCGCUGACCUUCCGAUUGGCAAGCCCUAGGCUUCGUGGUUUAGAUCACAGUGCCACCCGCAUCCCCACUGUGUUAGAGCUGGCGGCCUGCAAAAUGAUGUUCUCACCUGACUUUGGAAUUUCGUUUAAUUUGCCUUUGAACUUUCUUAACAUUAUAAACCCAAAUUGUGGUGGAUUUACAAAAUGACUUGCUGGUCCCGUUCAUAUGAGAUUUUGCUAACCAUUUCAGUUUCAUUUUUCUUGGAAUGUUGUUUUUGUGAGGAAAAGCUGCUGGGUUGCACAGCUGGUUUCCUAGAAUAUACCGUUUUCCAAGUUCACGCUAAUGUUAAAGCAGGAAGCAGAAAGCAAUUCAGCUUCUACUUUCCAGCGUUAUGAGAAGUGGAUGCACUUCUGCCUUGCCAGGGGAGCGAGUUCAAUUGUAGAAAAUGACCAACAACCUUUGCAACAAUGCAGUUUUGCGUGGGUGGAAUGGAGGCUGAGGGGAGCGUUGGUUGAGGCCAACAGUUCGCCUGUGUCUUGCAUCGCCAGAUCCAAGGCCAACAAUUCAUCUAUGUCUCCAAGUGUUUUCGACAUCAAGUAUGCAUACAUACCCACUCAGGAAAAAGGAGCAGUAAUGUUAGCUCACCUGCCCAUACCUGGCACAUCUCCUGAGUACUGCUGCAGUCUCUCGAAUGUUAUUUCUUUGGUGCAGCUUAUCUGAGCCCAAGCACUGAGGCAAACCAAAGAAGCUGUCAAUGGCUGCUCCCAGCUUUGAACCACUCAGCAUCACCAGAGUGGUAUCAGUGCAAGACCUUAUUUAGGCAAGCAUUUUGUGACUGGGAAUGAGUGAGGGGAUCCUUCUAUUUUAAAAUGCUGAAUGUUGUUGUCCAUGAGUCUUUUAUGGGGGUGUGGGGGUAGGAGGAACUGGAGUUUGCCUAUUGAAUGGACAAAUGUCCUCUGGUAGACCACCAACCGACCUCUGAGCCACCAUUAGAACUUUCUAAGAAGGGUCACCUCAGCAAAUUGUAUUUUCAGUCCCUCUGUCUUAAUAGUCUGGAGGGCUCUCCCCCCCCCCCCCGCAUAUUUCAUGGGCUCCCUUUGGACCAUUUGAUCUGGAAGAUUCAAAGCUGGUGUCAUCCAACUGUGCUAAAGAUGGCAUUUUAAGAGUGUGCCUUCCUUGUUAAAACUGAAAAGGAGAAAAGGGAGCACUGCAUCCCUAGCCCUGUUAAUCACUGUGUUGUCUAUUUGAUGGUUUGACAAACCUCCAUGGGGCCUCUCAACUAGCCAGCAAGGAGACAGCCUGGCAGCAAAAGUAAACUGAAACCUCCUUGGCUUUCAGAAUGGGGUCCGUGCUUGUAAAAGGAGAGUUCUUUUUAUUUAUUUAAUUUUUUUUAGAAAAGCAGGGGCACGUGUGUCUUCUAAAUAAACAUCUGAGAUGCUUUUGUCAAAAUAGACUCUUGCAUUCCUCUCUGCUGGACGCAGUCAUAUGAUUACAAAGCCGCGAUCGGCUCUUAAGCUGUUGGGAGCCCGUACUGGUUAAUGACAGGGGUCCCUGGUAGAACUGAUCAUGCCCUAUUUUACAGUGGCUUAGUUUCCCUUGGAAAGUGUCACUUGAAAGCUAAUUGGGCACAACAUACUGCAUUUGCUUCUUAGAGGGAGUGCAGCGCCUGGGUCAGUAGCACAUAUCGCCCGCUCGUGGUGUGAGCAGUUUGUGCACAUUCUUGCCUCUCUGGCCGGCAGCGGCCGUCACAUAUUACUCACCGGUUGAGCAUGCACUGGAUAUAUUAUUAGCUAUUUCUUUCGAUCGCUCAGCUAUCAAGUACCGGGCAAAUCAAAAAAUAGCUCUGGACUGGUGUGAGACUGUCUGCAUAUUGUUUACAGGAUAUUUUGGAGCGGGGCAAUAUUUACUGUGUCUGAACUGCAGAGGCAGUAGUUGGCGCUACGGCGCAGGAGGAGUGAAAACAAAAGCCACGUUGGUGUUGGGCAUCCCCCUCCUCCAGUGCCAGGCGGGGGCAGCUGCAGCAGUUGGCACAGCCCGCUGGAAGGGACGGUGCCACUUGGCACAGCCCUGUCCCUAGAAGCUGCCCAGUUGUCUUCUCAAGAGUGAUGAAGUCUGAAGAAGACCCCGAAGACGGAGACAGCAUGUCAGGGGAUCCGAGCUAAGGGAAGAAGGACCAAGAUGAAUGCAGAAGGGCAGCAGAAAUUCAGGUUGCACUGGGCAGCCCCCUUGGACUCUGGCUGUAGCUGAAUGUCGGGUUUGCUGUUCACUCUUGGCAGCCAGGACUCGGGAACUCUAGAAUGAGUUGCUGGUUUUCCUGUGCCCUUAAAAACACAGUAGGUAUCGUCUUACGGCAGAGCAGCUUCCAACUUUCUGCCACAGCUUGCAUUGUUCCUUCUCAGUGUGGCCUGAAUUGCAGCAUUUGCUUGUUGUAGUAUUCUUUCCGCUUAGAACUCUUUGUGAGAGUUUCUCUUAAUUUACGCCUUUUUGUGCAGUACAGCAGGUGAAUUGAAGAGAUGGAUGAUCUCGGUGCUGCACUCUUUAUGGUAGAUUUCUGUUCAGAGGAGUUGCUGGGCUUCUAAUGUUUGAAAUCCUUUAAAUUGUAAUCCUGUUGUCUUUAUAUCCCACCUUUAUUCCAUCUUGGAAGCUUACACCUGUGACAGACACACUGUUUGCAGCCCUCCAGGUAUUCGCUUUGAGAGGAGCUUCUUUUGGUGUAUUUACCGUAUCUGUUUAACUGUAACUGGGAAUGUUUGACCAAACCAUUCUAGUUAUUCUAUAUACUUAGCAUGCUGGAGCACUUGUGGGCUCUUAAGUUUUCAAUGAAAGGAAAUAUUAAUUGCCUAAACUUAAAAAUGUCAAGUAUGCUUAGGGAAUGGGUAGAGGUCAAAAGCAUUUAUUUCAGUUCCUGGAAAGGGAUGCAUCACUUCUGUGUUCUGCACCAGCACUGCCCAGCAUAUUUUUAUGCUAGGUAGAAAUGCUUGCCAUUGAGAAUUCUGCUAGUUUGUCAAUGACACAGAUGUGCAGGAAUAUAGAAAGUGAAGAGACUGAAAUGGUGCUUCCAGUUGCUUUCUUCUUUUUUGAAAUGUGCCUGCUUGGGAUUCCUUGAAAAGAUUUAUCAGGCUUUUUCAAAGUCAAAUAGGACUUGAUUUCUGCUGCAAGUGCUUGGUCCCAAUCCUGAAAUAGAGAAUGUGGGGCACUUGUAUUGGAGGGCCUGUGGUAUUUAGCUCCUCAGGUGUUUGCCAUUUCUUCCCUGUAGGUGGUCCAGGUGAGGCUGUUUCUUCCCCAUCCAAACUGAGUUGUGGCUUUAGAGUCGCAGUGGUGGUGGUAUUUGAGAAUUUUCUGGGAGAGGUUUUGCAGGCAAGAAUUGGCCACCUGGGAACAGCUUAAGUGCCACUCAUCUGCCGAUGCUUCCCUGCAAAUGCCCCCGUCACCCCCAAAAUCACAUGCAUUAAAAUCAGCGUAACAUAAGCAUCCUUAAUUCCAUGCUUGUUUCUUUUGAAAUGUCUUGUUUGGCCUUCAGAUGCUGGAUGUUUUGAUGACUCCAGAAAGGGUUCAGUAGGUCAGUGGUGCUGCCUUUGCUCCUUUGAAGAGCCCUAGGAGGGAGCGGCUGAAGACUGAAGGGCUGAGAGAUGAAAGCAGGCUCGCCCCAUACCACUAUAAUCCCAUACAGGCCAGAAUUAGCUGUGGGAUAAUCAAAUAUGACGUCCAUUGGCUUUUGUGCAGUUUUUGCCUACUGACUUGGAGCAAAUGCAAACGUGGAGUCCUGCUGCGGCCCCAAUUCUAGAUGGAAAGGUAUACCUGGACAUGCAGACCAACUUGUGGGUCACUGUGCCCUCAAAUAUGCCUUUCUGAAGCUGUUGAUACCAAGGGGAUAUUUGUGUGCACAAGUUUUUAUAUCUGAUUGCUGGGAGAUGAAAGAUUUAAAUAUUGUUGUUCAUAGAUUUUUUAAACUACUGUUGCACAUUGGAAAUAGGGCUGUGCAAUAAAUACCAGUAUUGAAAUAACAUCACAAUAUAUAUCGAGAUAUCGUGAUAUUUAGCUGGUGAUAUAUUGUGAUGUUGAAAACCAGAUAUCGCCCAGCCCUAAUUGGAAGUAGCUUCUUAUUUGCAAGGUAAUGAGUUGAGCAAAGCCUGGUCUAUAUGUACAGUACAUGGAACAAGGUAUCUUGGUGGACCACUGAAUGGCAACAUGUAUUUGGAAGCUUCCUGCAUGUAGAAAGCUAGCACAUUGGGGGGGGGGAGUGGCUAGAAUUUUCUCCCUGCUGGUACCAGUUUAGCGUUUGCUGCUGGUAUGGCAACUGCUGUUUCUCCCUCUGGUAAUGGAUUUCCUGCUAGCUAGUGGGGUGCAUACCCAAAUUGUGCUACUGUGGUUUCAUGUGACACUACAGGCAGAAACAUGAUACCCUGCUUUGGAAUGCAGUUGUUUGCUGUGUAGUGGGAGGCAAAUAAAAUAAAAUAAAAUUAUUGCUUCCACAUUCAUUUGGGUCACUUUGCAAGUUGUCUUUCCGUAGAAAUGACUGGGAAAAAAGCAGGUGCCUUUCAGCGUUUGAAUGACACUACGGAUUGCACUUUCUCUUUUUGUGGUCUAGGUGUGCCUGCCAGGAAGCUGCAGUGGGCAUUAGUUUUGGCUUCUUCUGUACAUUUCCAGAGCAAACCACACAUGCUGCCAUUCAUAGGCAGGAAGAUACUGCUUUCAUUUCAGGCAGAGAUUUAAUCUGCAGUUUGAGAGGAAUAACACAUGAAAUAGGCCCACACCCAGUUGAGAUGGGAAGUGGGAGAACCUCAAAAACAACACAUUCCUGUGCAGUUCAAAUGUAGCCAUUAUCCUUUGAGUAGAAAUGCAAGCCUUUUGCAAGAAACGAGGACUUGGGCGUUGGUGGGCUGAAGUAGGGGAAGAGAGUGUUUUGGAUUUCAGUACUUUUUCCUUCUGUCUAUCUUGAAAACAAGAAAUGCCAAGUAGGGUGGAGAACCUUGUUUCUAUUCUGAGAAGGCACCGAGGUGGCCUGGCUGGAAAUCCAAACAGAACGCUCCUGGCAAUUAAACCAGAGCAAGGAGGCUCUGGAAACAGAAAGGGCCUCUUGAUGGUUAAACUGGUGUGCAAAUGAUAUCAUAGACUCCUUCUGUUUUAGAAGAACUGUAAUUAGUUCUACCGGAAGCUAGAAUUCAAAGGAAUAGAGGAAAAAGCUGUUUUGUGGGAGGUCUGGCUUAUUAUCCUAUUCAUUCAUUUAUUCAUUCAUUUGCAUUUAUAUCCCAUUUUUCCUCCAAGGAGCUCAAGGUGGUAUACAUAGUUCUCCUCCUCAUUAAAUCCCCCCAACAACCCUCAUGACUCCAGCAACUAACUGAAAGGCCACUGAUCUUCCCCAGCUCUGACCUAGCACAUUGUCAGCUGUGGCAGGCAGCAACUCUCCAUGAUCUUGGGCAGGAAGAUGCUUAUCCAACAGCUUCUAUCUACACCAGGGAUGGUGAAUUGCCAGCCCUCAGGUUGGGUGCAAUGAAGGCCCUGGGCCCUCCCCACACCACCUAAAAUCUCCCUCCUUACCGCCUCUCUCCACACACACACACACACACACACACACACACACACACACUGCCCUUAGAAGCAAUAGAAUUUGGUGGUGGGCAUUUUCAAAGUGGGUUGCAGCUGGGAAGCAUUGACUGUCUUCUCCCCAGCUGUGACCCCUCUUCUGAAAACUUCCUCUGCACCAGAAUUAGGCUUGGGGAAUAACCUAUUUAUUGCAUGAAAGAGUUUUAAAUGUGAGUGCAUGUGUAUAUGUAUAGAAUUAGUUGUAACUGGGAUGUUUGUUUAUUUUUUGCAAUUAUAUCCCACCUUUUUCUCUCCUGGAACUCAAGGUGACUUAUGUGGUUCUCCCCCUCCUCGUUCAAUCCUCACAGCAACCCUGUGAGGUAGGCUAGGCUGAGAGUGAGUGACUGGCCCAAGGACACCCAGCAAGCUUCAAGGCUGAGUGCAGACUUGAACCCCCUACUCCCAGGUCCAGCAUUAACCACUGCACCACCACUGGCUUGGUGUGUGUGCUAUGUAAAAUUCAGUUCAAAAAAGAAAGCCUUGUUGAAGCCUAACCGUGUUUGCAGGAGAGGCGAUCUUUCUGGAGAGAGUGCAGUGAGGGUGGUUGGCUGGAGGGCUAACUUUGCCUCCCCAGCUGAAGUCUGCAAGAAGGUCACUUCUCCCCUCUAGUUAUUAGGCUUGGAAAAGCCAAAACACUCCUCACACCAAGCCUGAUUGUGUUUAAGGUAACCCAUUCCUCUGAUCGUUGUUUAAGUGAAGCUGCUCAUUGAGCUGAGACCUUCUGCAUCUCUAAGCACAUUCAAAUAUACAUUGAACUGCAGAAAGGUGCUGCAAAUAUCCUAUAAUCUUAUUUUCUGAGAAUAACAUUGCAUGCCAGUAAAUAAUGGGAUGCAAAAGGCAUGAAUCCUUCAUGGUUUUCUCAGUGUUUGGAUUUUUCUUAAGUACUUCCCGUAUUAAACUGACACAAUAAUAUGUGAAAUCAAGCUCCUUCAGUUUUUUGUUUUGUUAAAGCCCAGAAGCAGCUUUCCUUGGCUUCCGUUUCUUAAGGGAUUUUCCCUUCCAGCUACAUGGAUGGCAGAUGAAUAACACUUCUCCCCCCUCCCCCACUAUAUCCUCUAUGGGAAACAGGCAUUUGCUCAUAUUUCUGAGGGAUUUGCACCACUGUACACUGAAAACAUUUCUCCUGCAUUCUUUGAACAGUUGACUGCAGACUGGAACAAGUACGAUGAUCGCUUGAUGAAAGCUGCCGAACGGGGCGACGUGGAGAAGAUCUCGUCUGUCCUUGCCAAGAAGGGCGUAAACCCCACCAAACUCGAUGUGGAAGGAAGAUCUGCGUGAGUAGAAGUCGGGGUUUUGACCUCAGCUGCUCUGCCCACCUCCCACCAAGUUUGUAGCCCACCCACCCCUUGGAGGAGGGCUGCUUAGAUGUGUCUUUUUUGCCUUUGAUCUUCCUGGCCCCUUCCAAAUUUUUGAGAGGGGCACUGUUGUUUCUGUUGGCUCUUAUCUGCCUAGUGCUUAUUUCCUGUAAGCCUCCCUGAGCCUUGGAAAGGUGCCAUAGAAAUGUUUUAAAUAAACAGAAAGCUGUUGGGACCUGCAUCCUGCGGAAGAGCAUUUUAUACUUCCACACAUACAGGGCAUGUUUGGAUGUCAUGCGAACUGUGUAAACAUGUGGUUUAGUGGAGGGGAAACCUGGGGGCCCUCCAGAUGUUACUGGACUGCAGCUCUGACCACCGCCUGUCUUGGGCCAUGCUGGCUGGGGCUGAUGGGAGCUGUAGUCCAACAGCAACUGGAAGGCACUAUGAAAGCUGCUUGAGAUGAAUUGUUUUCCUUGACACAGUAAUAUGCAGCAGAUCCAGAAGCAAGUAAUUGGGUGGUCUCUGCCUGGUUGAUUCAAAAAAAUCUGUCUAGGUUGCAGGGUGUGUUUGUGGUUUGGUUCCAAACUUGCUCCAGACAAGAAUAAAAGGCCUGGGUCUUUCCCAUGCGGUUUGUAUUACUUGUGUGGUGUCUGUCCCACUCCCAGGUCCCUUUCUGUUUCACUCUCUGAACUCCUGUGUGCGCACAUAAUAAAAGGGGAGAUAUUUGUGGUAACUUCAGAAGCUUCUCAGUAGCCAAUCCGGAGAAGGUUUGAAUGGCAGUCUCAAGUUACUGCACAAAGCUGUUUUCUGUCUUAAAUGGUAAGCGGUGAGGACAUUUAAUGCUAGGGUUAUUCUGUGAGCCUUGUAUUGGAUGCUUUGUGGUGAGUGACUCUGUCUGGGUGGUUGUAGGUCACAGCCUGCAUACCCCCAAGAGUUUCCAAGAUGAAAGCCAGAGGUCAGAGGCAUUCAGGCACAGCUUCUCACUCUCUGGAACCAACAUCCAGAAAUGUGGCUUCUCAGCUUAGCCAUGAGCUCACUAGUUGGUGUUGAGCAAGCCAGCACCUCAGCCCCUUUAUUCUAAUAUGGAGAUAACAAUGGCCGGCUUCACGGGGCUGUUGUAAGGAUUGCUGAGAAUUACAGAAAUAUCUGAGUUUGUGCAUUCUCAGCAGACUGAAAAACAGAAAUCCAGGGUUAACCUACAUUCUAUUUGGCUGCUCAAAGAUUGCCUUUCCAUUAGGGUUUACCUGUCGCACAUUCUUCUUCCUCCUCUUCUUCUUCAUUCAUUUUAUGAAUUGCUUUCUGUGAGGCAUCCCAAAGCAAUUUACAAUAUAGCAUAUAUACAACAGUUAUGUAUAUUAACACAGUUAAAGAAAUUGCAACAAUAAAAAGAACAGUUUAGAAAUCACCCAGUUAUAAAUACAAACAUUUUAAAACAACAGUACAUACAUAAAACCAAUUCAAAUCCCAGAUACAAACUGGGGUAAAGAUUUUAGAAGGCUUGUUCUAAAAGAUUGUUCUCCUGUUGGAAGAUUUGAACUGCAGUCCUUUACUUUCUUAACCCAGGAGUAAAUCCCAUUAAAUCCCAAAAAGUCCUAAUUCAGACUAGACGUGUGUAGGAUUGCACUGCACAUUGAGACCAAGACAUCCAGAAACCCCUUGGAUGAGUGUCCUUCUGGUGCUGCCAGAUCCAGAGCUGUUCAGGAUUUUAUGGCCCCGACACGUUAUUGGCCCUCGGGACAUAGCAGGAGACGCUUAGUUUGGUUUUCUCUAUGAGGCAGGAGGAGAAUGGGGAGGUCUGGUUGUGGUGUGUGUGUGUUUAAAGAAGGCUUUUGCCAUGGUAAGGCCAUAUCCUGUUGAGGUUUAAAUUUCUGUCGGGCUCCUCUUGCUUCUCUGUAAGGGUGGUGUCCUAUUAAAUUGGUUCACCCCCAGAAGCUAAUAGAUCCUGAGGGCUCUAAGAGACCUUUCAGCUCACAUUUACUUAUCCCAUUUAUAUUUAUAGUUGUGUUUUAAUGUUGUAACCUCCCUGGGAUCAUAGGAUGAAGGGUGGAAAAGAUAGAUAGAUAGCGGUGGUGGUGGUGAUGAUGAUGAUGAUAAUAAUAAUGAUAAUAAUAAUAAUAAUAAUAAUUUAUUAUAUUUGCAUCUCACCUUUCCUCCAAUGAGGUGAAGGUGGUGUUCAUAAUUCUCUUCUUCCACAUUUUAUCCUCAUAACACCCCUGUGAGGCAGGUUAGGCUAAGAGUAAAUUCAGUGCAAGAGUCUUUGGCUCACCCUGGGGCUUGAACCCCACAACCCUGAGAUUAAGAGUCUCAUGCUCUCCAGACUGAGCUAUCUCCCAGCAGCCUAUUUGUUGCAUUUCUUUUUAUUCUCUGCUGCAGGUGCUUUUCUGUGCUGCUUUUGUAUUUUUAUAGCGUUGGAUUGCACUUCAACAUUUUAAUUGUAACCUUGUAUAUGUAAACAUUACACAGACAUUUUCCUGUUUUGCUUUGUUUAGGUUCCAUGUUGUAGCUGCCAAAGGGAAUCUUGAUUGUCUGAAUGCCAUUCUUGUACACGGGGUUGACAUUGUAGCUACUGAUGCAGUAGGUAUGAGUCCUUGUUUAAAAUAAGAGGGUUGUCUCUCUGAUAAGAUCUUUCUAAAGAGAGAUUGUAGAAGAUGUUAGGCAACAUCUUCCUGACAGUAAGAGCUGUUCGACAGUGGAAUUUGCUGCCAAGGAGUGUGAUGGAGUCUCCUUCUUUGGAGGUCUUUAAGCAGAGGCUUGACAACCAUAUGUCAGGAGUGCUCUGAUGGUGUUUCCUGCUUGGCAGGGGGUGGACUCGAUGGCCCUUGUGGUCUCUUCCAACUCUAUGAUUCUAUGAAAUGUUUUCAUGUAUUGCUCAAACUUGCUGAGUGAAUAUGGAAAGGGGUUGUUGUGAACUAGCUUCUUAGAUGUGUAUCAAUGUCCCUGUUGGGUUCCCAGCCACCUUUUUGCCGAUUACAUCCCUGGGGUUGUCGUGAGGGUUUGCUGUUGGCAGCCAUGGGGAAGUUGAGACAUCAUGGAAGGGUCUAAGCUGGGUCACUCUUCAAGGUAGAUUGACUUAAAAUACUCCAUUGUCUUUCCAUCCCUUAUGAAUUGAUGUAUAAAAUACAGUAAUUACAUCAUGGUCAGUAUUUUAACUCAAGCUAUGUGCAGCAUGCGGGAUGCGGGUGGCACUGUGGGUUAAACCACAGAGCCUAGGACUUGCCGAUCAGAAGGUUCGAAUCCCCGCGACAGGGUGAGCUCCCGUUGCUCGGUCCCUGCUCCUGCCAACAUAGCAGUUUGAAAGCACGUCAAAGUGCAAGUAGAUAAAUAGGUACCGCUCCGGCGGGAAGGUAAACGGCGUUUCUGUGUGCUGCUCUGGUUCGCCAGAAGCAGCUUAGUCAUGCUGGCCACAUGACCCGGAAGCUGUACGUUGGCCAAUAAAGCGAGAUGAGCGCUGCAACCCCAGAGUCGGUCACGACUUGACCUAAUGGUCAGGGGUCCCUUUACCUUUUUAUGUUCAGCACACAACCCAUCUCUGUGUGUAUGGGUCUGUGGUAGACACUGAAUGAAAGCUCUGCCAUGUCUUUCAUGAUUCCAUUCUGCAUUUCCUUGUUACUUUGACCUCUCUAGGAAGGAACGGUCUGCACCUCGCUGCGAAAUAUGGACAUGCACUCUGUCUGCAAAAAUUGUUGCAGGUACUGUAUGUUUGAGAAAUUGUUUAAGUGUUGCAUGUAAAAGGCAGGGUAGGCAGUGAGGGGAAACCAUGACAGCAAAGCUUUUUUCCUUUCUCUGUGUGUGUGUCGUCCCUUGAAAUAUUCCCAUCACGUUAUAGCUGCCGCUGUGUGGACACCUUUACCCAAAUGUUGGUGCAGGAAUGGCCAAAAAUCUAAUAAGGUUUUGAUCACCCUGAACCUUGUUAUUUUCAAAUUGGGAUGUUGAAGAAAUCUGAAGAAACAAGCAGAAAACUGAGAUUCUUUGUGCUAGGAUAGAUAUAAGCAGGUAAUUCCUCUGUGUGUAUGAAGCUUUCUGUUUCAUAAAGAUUUAUGGGGAAGGAUCCAUAGCUUACAGCAUACAGAAGCUCCCAUGUUCAUCACCUGACAUCUCCUGGGAAAAGGCUUCUGUCUGAAACUCUGGAGAACCUCUCCCAGUCAGUGUAGGCUAGGCUCCCAAAGCCAGAUGUUCUUACAUUGUCUCUCCCAUCAGCUCCAGCCUGUUAAUAGGAAUGAUGGGAAUCUUAAGCAUCAGAAGGGCAGCUAGUUGGAGAAAGCUGGUGUAGGCAAUACUGUGCUGGGUGGAUCAAGGUCUGACCCUAUAUAAGGAAGCUUCCUUUGUUAUGCCUCCCAGAUUAUUAGGUUAGGUAUGAUAUCUACAGUACAGCACAGCCACUAUAUGUUCUGACUCCUUUCUUUUAGUUAUCUCUGGCCUCCUUAGGUAGAUGGGAUGUUUUAUUUUAAAAAUAUGAAUGCAUUUUAGAUUCCCCCCCAUUUUGUUUUAUGCGGGUUUUAAUGCAUGUGUGAUUUACUUAUUGUUGUAAGUCACUUUGAGUUAUUUUUGUUUUUUAAAAAACCCUAAUAAAUUAAUAAUAAUAAUAAUAGAUCUGCAAAGCUGAACAGCACAUUUAACAUUCUGGAGCUGAAUCUUAUUUAAAUGUUUCUUGAAAUAUUUUCAUCAUGAGAGUGCUGCCACUAUUAGGAACCCUUAACCAUAAAUGUUAGAAUAAAUAAAUUAUAGGUCUAUUCCAUAUUCUUGGGACAGUGAUUUGUUUUAGCUGUUUUUAAAGCUGAAUUUUAAAUGGUUGUAACCUGCCCUGUGGCCUGCUGGUGAAGGGCAGGUAAUAAAUUUAACAGCAACAACGAUAAUAAUUAAUAGUAAUAACAGUAUUGAUGAAAUGUCUUUGGCUGUUCCCAUAGUACAACUGCCCUACAGAAAAUGUGGAUCUUCAGGGUCGCACUGCUCUUCAUGAUGCAGGUAAGGGAGUUUCCUUCCUUUGGAGCAAUUUCUCCUAACGCCUUGAGAAGGACCGUGUUUGGCAAGGCAUAUGAAUAGCUGCUCAAUUUCCACAUGUGGCUGGGACAGCCUCUCCCAAUUUGUUGUCUCGAUGUUUUAGACUAUGACUCCCAUCAGCUCCAGCAUCAUAUGAUGCACACAUCUGGACGCCCCCCAGAUUGGGAAGGGCUGGCUGCAAACUUCUUAUUUCAAUAUUUGUUUAUUAAAGUUGUAUACUGCCCUUUGUCCAAAGAUCAUAGCGUUGUUCCCAACAUAAAAAUUCAAAAUGAGAACACAAAAUGCACGAUAAAACAAAAACAAUCCUAUUACCCCCUCCAGUGGUCGAUGUUCCUCUUCCAGACUACCAGUUAGGAGAAGCUUUUAGGGAGAGACUAGGUUCUCUUCCACACUAUCUCUGUGCCUCAGGCAACUGAUAAAGGUGUAGUUGGGUUAGGUGAGCCACUAACAACACACAGGCUUUUCUUGCAGGGCUGGAGUUCAGGUGCAAUGAGUAAAGCAUGGAAGAUAGUGGCAUAUUGGCCCUUUUUAAUUGCUGUUCCCUGGUUGGACAUUUGUCAUUAGAACGGUUGUGGCUUCUAGAUCUUAAAGGCGCAGCCAUUCAUAGAAAUCUGACAAUAUAUAAAUAGCCCACCGGUAGCGAAGUGACCCAUUUACUAAUGAUGUGAUGUCCUUCUGUCUCCCAAAGCGAUGUCAGAUUGUUCAUCCAGCAUCCAGUUACUGUGUGACCAUGGAGCCUUGGUGAAUGCCAGAGAUGCAGUAAGUAUCAUGCAGGCCCCUUUCGGGGUUCUUCCCCAGGAUUGGUCAAGUUCAUUUUACCCCUCCUUUGUAAUGUUUUCCUGCCCCUUCUCUCUAGGAUGGGAGGACGCCUCUGGUGCUGGCCACUCAGAUGUGCCGUCCAGCCAUAUGCCAACUUCUGCUCGACAGGGGCGCUGAUGUCAAUGCAAGAGACAAACAGAACCGGUAAUGCAUCCAUUUAGCCCCCCGUGGGUGAUGUGUCUGUAUGCUUUCCAAAGAACACUCUCUGGGGAUUCAAACAAUGAAGCUGUUGGACACAAGCUUGGGGUGUGUUGAUCCGAAGAGGUGGAAUUUCUUCAAAGAUAGCAAUAGUCUGACUGCUUCAUUUAUUUAUUUACUAAUACAGCAUCAUCAGUUUGACAAUUGACAGAUAACCUGACCUGGUUCAGAUGUCACCGCAAACCAUGGUUUAGUAUUACGUACAUGAGCCUGGAUGAAUCGUGGACUUCUGUGCUCUUCCCGCAUCCCUCUGUGGCCAAGGGGGAAGAGGUUUAAAGGAACAAACCAUAGUUUAUCAUUGUGGUUCAGUGUAGAAAAUGGUGGUUUGUUCAAACUACAGCUGCUUAAACAAGGGUACCUCUGUCAACAAGCCACUGGUAAAUAAAUAGCAGAUAGCAUUUCAGAAAAAAAAGCAUCUCAAGUCUCAAACAUGUUGUGAAAGAGAAGAAAAGAAAAAUCUCAUUGUGAUCAUUUGUGGGAUGAUCUACUGUAGGAGUAUUAGACCAACGGAAUGUGAGAGAGUUUUUGAGUUGAUGGAAAUUUUUCAGGUGCAUUUUUCAUCUUGUACUACUAUUUAUUACAUGCAUAUACCACCUUUUCUUCCAAGGAGCUCAAGGUGGUGUACAUGGUUCUCCACCUCCCCAUUUAAUUCUCACAACAACCCUGUGAGGUUGGUUAGGCUAAGAGAUGGUUUCUGGCCCAAGGCCACCCAGUGAGCUUUGUGGCUGAGUGGGGAUUCAAACUCUGGUUUCCAACCAUUAUGCCACACUGACUACACAUUACCACAUGCCUGGUUUGUUGUGUGAACUGUUUUAUUGCGCCUGUUUGCAUAUUGGGAGCCCCUUUGCCUGCAGUUUUGCAGAGUUGGGGAUAUUAAUGCAAGCGGAUGAAAAGAAAAAGCAUAGUGAUUGUUCCACAGAGCCCACCAUUGCAUGUGCCAUCUCCACAAGACUCCUCAUGUUCCCAUGUGGCUUCUUCUUCCAUCCUCAGGACAUCUCUGAUGUUAGGCUGUGAAUAUGGCUGCAAGGAUGCUGUGGAAGUUUUGCUCAAAAAUGGUGCGGACGUCACUUUGGUAGAUGCCCUUGGCCAUGACUGCUCUUACUAUGCAAGGAUUGGUGAUAGCGUUGAAAUCUUGGCUCUGAUAAAGGCUGCCAUGGAGGAGUCCAACAAAGGUAUGUUACCUUUCCUUGGAGUUGAGGAGCGGGUGGUUAAAAAGAAAUGAGGAAUAUUUACCUCCUUGCAUGUCUGGUUCCAGUUUGGGGCAUGAGAAGUUGCUGUUAAGCCAGGAGUGGACAGCUUUUGAGUUUUUAUUUGUGAUAGGCUGGAGACUGGCCUUUGGGACCUCUCUUUGUGACAGUCUGCACUCGAUUGCUACCCAUUGUUGGGGAUCGUACUGUGACACCAUGUGGUAGCUAUGUUGAAAUAUCUGAAAGCCUGUCACAUGGAGGUUGGAGCAAACUUGUUUUCUGCUGCUCAAGGAUAGGGCCUGAACCAAUGGAUUGAAAUUACAAGAAAGCAGAUUCUGGCCAAACAUUAGGAAGAACUUUCUGAUAGUAAGAGCUGUUUGACAGUGGAACGGACUCCCUUUGAAAGAGUGUUGCAUUUUGUCUAAUCUUCUGCUUGGAAUGUCUAAACAGAAAACAAAUUAUUCUUUUCUUUUUUUUUUAGCAAGUUACGAAGUCAUGAAGAAAGGACAGCCUUUCAAGGUGAGGAUUCUGCAUAUUUUCAUAUGUGUUGUUGCGAGUUCAUAACCAAGAUAGGUCCUGCCUACUUAAUAUUUAUUCAGGGGGAGUUUCUGCUUUCUAGGAAAAGUCUUGCCUUAUUGACCUCUCAUCCAUCCCUAAUGAUGCUAAUUAUAAUAAUAUGAUUUCACUUGUUAGUUGCUUGUUACCGGAAGGUCUCCAAGUGACUUAAAUCACAAUUAAAGGAUAAAUAUGAAUAUAUUACACCAUGAAAACAGCACAAACCAAUCCCUAUAGCCACCAGAGAAAGCUUUGGCAUCACACAAGUAGCAAAACAACUUCAUCUUAGUCCAUUAAAAGCCUGGGAAAGAAGAUAAGCCUUUACUUGGUGCUGAAAAGAUGUCAACGAAGGUGGCAGGCAGACCUUGCUGAGGAGAGCAUUCCACAGAUGGGGAGCCACAACUGAAAAGGCCCCCUCCUUUGUCAUCACCCUCCGAGUCUCCUUCAGAGGCAGGACCUGGAGAAGGGCCUCAGGAAAAGAUGUAAGCCUCUGGGUAUGUUUGUCAGCCUCCUCAAAAUGAGCAAGGCCUGCCAUCUUCGCCACCUUCUGGGCUGCUGUUUGCCUCCAAGACUCGAUCGCUUUCUGAGAUUAAUGUGACUGAUGGAUCUCUUACACUUCUGCUGCUUUUGCUAGCACAGUUCAUACGCGUCUCUUACUUCCUCUGACAAUUCCGUGUUUCAAUGCUGCACAACAGGUGACCAACAUGCUGCCAAAAUGGAGUCAACCAAAUGCCUUAGAGGACAUGAGCUUCAAGACGCAUCAGAAGGAACACCGGAAUGUACAGGUGAAGGGAGAGAUUUGUGCUUUGUGUGGGAUGCUCUCAAGCGAGCAGGUUUUAGAAAACGCUGAAAGAAGUGUGGGAUUCCAGCUUUUCAGGUUCUUUUCAAAGUUGCACAGGUGUGGCACAAAAGUUAAAUGGGUGAUAGGAACAAGUAAAUGUAAAUGAGCUGUGCUGGGAUCCUCAUGGGUGUCCCAUUCAGAGCAGACUCAUUGAAAUCUAUGGCCCUGGCUAGCUUAGGUCCAUUUCAGUGGGUCUCCUCUGAGCAAAACGUGGCUGUUUAGGUUCUUGUUUGCAUAGUACAAAUGCUCGCUUGGAGAAAAUUAAGUGAGAAUGUGAGAUCUGGAUGAGGACCCAUUUUGGUGCUGUCUUGUUUCUCCUUCUCCUCCUACCCUUCUCAUGUUGUUUGUAGCUUUAACUGGGUGGUGCUAGUCUAGCCUUCCCCAACCUGGUUCCCUCAAUAUGUUUUGGACUACAACUCCCAUCAGCCUGAGCCAGCAGAGCCAGGGAUGAUGGGAAUUAGUCCAAAAUAUCUAGAGGGCAUUGGGUUCGGGAAGGCUGCUCUAUGAAAUAUGAAGACAUGCUUGGCAUGGUCCAUUACUGGUUACCAUGAUAGCUUUCCCCCUUUUUUUGUUUGGGUGUAAGAAAUGCUGCCUGUUUUUGAGCUAAGCAGAUCUGUCUGUGGUGUGUGGGCUGAGCAGUUCAGUGUCUGGCAUAUCCAAGUCAGAGGAAAAACACUUUAAGCAUCUCUAAGAGCUGGUUUUUCAGCUGUUGACAGGCUGGAGAUAAGCAGCGGUUUGAAGUGCUGAUGGCCUCUUAAGUAUGUGGAUAAGGAAAGAGGGCUGUUACUGGCCACCUGCCAUAUUUAGGAAGGGUGCCUACUAGUGGUUGUUGUUAGGAUUUACUUUGAUUUGUCACAUCCAGGGGUGGACAAAUCCGUCAGUAGCAGUUGUCUCGUUCAGUUUGCAUCAUUUUCCACAUUAGUUUAUUAAUUUUUUAAAAGUCUGCAUGAGAGUUCAUGUGUGUUUCUCUUAAUAUACAGAUCUUUGCAAGCAAUUCACCUUAAUAUAAAGCAUCUUUGUAAGUUGUUUUCCCUAAUAUGCACUUUUCUGUAUGCACUGAUCGACUGGAGACUUUUCUUUCUUUAAAAAAAUUAUACACCACUUGAUUGUAAAAAGAAAAAAACUGAAAAGUGGUUUGUAAAAAAGCUAAAUCAAUAAAAUUAUCAGUAAGAGGCAUUAAGAAAAAUUUUAGACUUUCAGAAAGUUCAAAUAACAAUAGACUAAAAACAGACAAAGUUGCACCAGCUUUCUAAACACCUGGCCUUGUGUAUAAAUGCUUUCAACAGGCACCGGAAAGAUUACAGUGAAGGCACAUAGCUGAUGUCAAUAGGCAGGGAGGUCCAACGUGUAGGUGCUGCCACACUUAAAGAUGGAGUUUUUAAAAAUGCAGAACGGGUGGCACCUGUAACAUUGCCGGUUCUGCAGAGCAAAGUGGUUGAGUGAGUUUAUAUGGGGUAAGGUGAUCUUGCAAGUAAGCUUGUGUCACAGAAUGCAGAGAAGUGUGUAUUUCGGAGGAUAGCUGUGUUUUUGGUUACCAUAGUGGUUUGGGAGUGUGUGAAUUUGGGAGGUGUGCAUUAAAAUUGGAAUUGCUCCAUUUCCCUAAUUUUAUCCAUCUGUUGCUUUAAUGCUGCAGGAGAUAACUGAUCUCAGUUUUAAAAUGUCCUCUGUUUUAAGGAAUUGGAAAGAGAGAAUGAAGACUUGAAAGGCAGGCUAAGGGAGAUCCAGCAGGAGCACCGGAUUCUAUUGGACAGAAUCAAUGGCCUGCAGCUGCAGCUGAACGAGGUAAUGGAGGUUUGCAAUGACAGCAGCUCAGAGGGCCCUUCCAGGGUGAUCUGGUGUGUUCAUGGGUUUAUGGUGCAUUUAUUUGCCUUUAUCCCCAUUUUACAGACUGGGGUACUGAAUGAGGUUGGCCAGGUUUCCUGCUGAUAAUGUUAUGUAACAAUAUAAAUCGAGAUAUGAUUCCAAUGGCUGUUUCUGUUCUUUGCAGGAGCAAAUGGUUGCAGAUGAUCUCGAAAGCGAGGUAAAGAAAAAAUCUUUCUUUUCCCCCACCCUAAACUUAUUUGUUGACAAUUCUGAACCUGAGGGAGAAAAUUCUUCCAUCUCUCUUGAACAACAACUGAACAUUUGAUUUGAAAUGAAAAAGUAAGGAAGGGAACUUUGCUUUUGGGGUCAGUUCUGAUAACGUGUUUGUCAUCCACUGUACCCACCGUAAGAUCUGCUCACACCACUCCCUAAAGCCAGGGCAAGAGUCAUGGGGGCUAACCUUCCUUGCAGGCUGAAUCCAGAAAGGAGGGUGUGCUUGUGUGCAUGGAUCAGAUCUACAGGGGAAGGACUGCAGCUCAGGGGUAGAGCAUCUGUCUUGGAUGCAGAACAUCCCAGGUUCACCUCUGACAGCGUUUCCAGCUAGCGUCGAGAGAGACUCCUGCUUGAAAUCCAGGAGAGCAGCUGCUGUCGGUCAGUGUAGGCUGCACUGAGCUAGAUGGACCAAUGGUUUUCCUAUAUUACUCUAUAUAAAACAGCUUCCUAUUUUUCUGUAAGCUACGGUAGGCUGGAAAGUAUCAUGUUUCUGUCCUGCAGGAUUUCCAUAUUCAUAUUUCUUAGUGCUUAAACAUUACCAGUAUGUUCCAUGUUGAUUUGUUGCUCACUUUCAGAAAGAUGAGCUCAGGAGGCUGCUGACAGCAAAGGAGAAGCAGAAGGAAGAAAGUUCACGGAUGCUUGAAGCUCUGAAGUCAAAGCUGAGAUUCUAUGAGGUACGUCGCCCUUUGGUGGGGAAGCCAGUUUCUGUUUCAAGUAGCCCUCCACUAAGUUAGCAAGAACUGGGAGUUGUGUUAUUGGGUGACAAGGCUAUAGUUACAGGGCUCAGUUCACUCUUGCACAGGUGUGCAGAGGAGGGCGACCAAGAUGAUUGAGGAUUUGGAAACUAAGCCUUAUGAGGAACGGUUGAAGGAGCUGGGUAUGUUUAGCCUGGAGAAGAGAAGACAGAGAGGGGAUAUGUUGCCUAUCUUCAAAUAUCUGGAGGUCUGUCGUGUGGAAGAUAGAGCAAGAUUGUUUUUUAAGGAGAAGUUGGGUGACCAUGAGUCAUGCAAGCUUUAGUUGAAAUUUCUGCAUUACAGGGGGUUGGACUAGAUGACCCUCAGGAUCCCUUCCAACUCUACAAUUCUGUUAUUCUGUGAAGGUAUUAAGUAUCAUAUGCAUUUCAGGAAAGUUCUCUGUGGAUUAAAGGUAAAGGUAAAGGGAUCCCUGACCAUUAGGUCCAGUCGUAGCUGACGCUGGGGUUGCGGCGCUCAUCUCACUUUAUUGGCCGAGGGAGCCGGCGUACAGCUUCAGGGUCAUGUGGCCAGCAUGACUAAGCCGCUUCUGGCGAACCAGAGCAGCGCACGGAAACACCAUUUACCUUCCCACCGGAGCGGUACCUAUUUAUCUACUUGCACUUUGACGUGCUUUCGAACUGCUAGGUGGGCAGGAGCUGGGACCGAGCAACAGGAGCUCACCCCGUCGCAGGGAUUCGAACCACCGACCUUCUGAUCAGCAAACCCUAGGCUCUGUGGUUUAACCCACAGCGCCACCUGUGUCCCACUAUCUGUGGAUUUCAUAAGACUAUGAAAAAAAAAAAUUCCCCCAUAGUCUCUGUGUAUUAAGACUAUGAAAAAAAUAGUGUCAUUCUGAAAACCUGAACCCUUGUGAACGGUUAAUCUGUAUCUCUCUGAACCAAAGUCUGUGUGUUUUGAUUUCAGGGUGACCACGGGGGAUCUGGAAACAGUUUUGGUAACAGUGAGUAUUGCUGUUCCUUGAUACCUUGUUUAGAAAGGGAAUCGAGCGCUAACAUUGUGGAGUUUUGUGCCCUUCUAUCUGCAGUUGUGGCAGUCAAGUGAAAGUGGGUAAUUUGGGGACAUACAGAAGCAGCAGGGCUAUAAAGUUCGCUGACCAUAUCUGUUAAUGUUGUAAGCUGCCCUGUGUGUAAAUUACCUUGGGACAUAUGUCCCAUUCAUAAAUUUAAUAAUAAUGAUAAUAUAGAGCAGGAACUGAGAACCUCAGACCUAGGGAUCGAAUGUGGCUGUCCAGGCCUCUCUGCCUCGCCCACAGUGCUCUCCUUAGGCCACACCUUUUUGACCCAAGCCACACCCCUCCCUGGCACUUCUCUGCCUCCUCCUCAAGUGCUUUUGUCUGGCUGGGAGGUGACCUUGGGCUGAAAGAGAUCCCCCACCUUGCCUUAGAUCUUGUGCUUUCAGGACCAGAGAGAUUUAUAGUAUUGAAUGGCCCCAACCAGCCUGCUACUCUGUGAUCCUCCAGCCUCUGUGAUUCUCUUGCCUCUCCAUUCCCUUUCUAUAGAUGCUGCCCUGAGGCCUGGUUCCCUUGACCCUCAGCAGUGGGGGUGUCCCUGCUUUCUAUGACAUCCCAGCUGCUCAGCUCCUGGCUACAGGGCCUUGCAGGAAGCAGCUGUCUGUUUAACUUUUAAUAAUGCAGGUUCCACCUUCUAAACAUAUAGCAGAUUUGUACUUUGUCAGGUUAGAUUGAACAAGCUCUUUAUUUUGUCUUUCUGUAGGGAAAGAAGAUGUUUUGCUGAAGCAGGGUUCUACGUAUUCUGCAGAACCACAGGUACUCCAAUUUGUUGGCUCGUUCGUGCAUUUGGGAAUGCUACGUGGGCAUCUGCAGUGUGGCUACUUUUCCUAUGAUGUUGAGCAUGUAAAAAUGCCAUUGGUGCACCUGGUCACUGGGCCGUCUCUUGGGGCUCCACAAUGCCGUCAUGGUGUCCAGUUGCUCUGUGUCCCUUCUCCUGUGGGAGCCUUGCUGUGUACUGCACAGAAAUGGAAGGUGUGGGCCAGCAACUGUCCUCUGGCAGAGCCAGCGAAAUGAACUACAGGCUCAUCCAUUACUUGGAUGUCACACUUAUUUGGCUGGGAAUCAGCGGAAAGCGGGAGGCUUGUUGCAAUUGCCCCAUUAGCAAGAUAAAUUGAGCUUCUGCCCUCAGCUUAGUAACUCGGUUACUGUGAUCCGUGACAGAUCCAUUACACAGUCAAAAUGUGUUAAUGGAGCAGAGGAGGCCCUUAAGGAUCUUCCUGGAUGAGCCUAUUGUCUGUCUGCUCCGUAUCCCUAACGGUCAACUGGCAGUGACCCCCCAGUCUCUCUGCUCACUUACCUGAGAUCUACUUACCUUUCAACUGGAGAUGUUGGGGAAUGGGCCUGGGGCCUUUCGUACACAAGACACAUGUGCUCUGCCAUUGAGCUGUAGGGAAGUUCUAAUGCCGUACAUCCGUGUUUCUCCAGCUGUUUUUGGACUACAACUCCCAUCAUCUCUAGCUCGCAACACCAGUGGUCAGGAAUGAUGGGAAUUGUAGUCCAAAAACAGCUGGAGACCAAUGUUUGGGAAAUGCUGCCCUACAUAAAAGCUAGUUAAAGAGGUGUGUGUGUGUGUGUGUGUGUGUGUGUGUGUUUGUUGGUAGAAGCCCCUCUCUGGAGUCUUAAGAAGUCCGUCUCCUUGUUUUCUAGCAGGCCCCUGCCUCAGCGCCAGCUGCCCUCCAGAGUAGAUCCAUGGUGAGGCCCCUGGAGCUCCUGAGCCCAAGCCUGUCUCCUGCUGCCUCCGAGGCGGAAGCUCUGAAACGGGAGCUGGGCAACCUGAGGAGCUGCUACGAUGCGGCCCGAGGGGAGGUGAGCAGGCUGCAGCUGGAGCUCUCCCACAAGGCGGCAGAGUGCAAAGCGCUGGCAGCGGAGUGCGAGAGAACAAAGCAGGAGUCGGACCAGCAGAUCAAGCAGCUGGAAGACGCCUUGAAGGACGUGCAGAAGAGGAUGUUUGACUCGGAAGGGAAAGUGAAGCAGAUGCAGACGCACUUCCUGGCCCUGAAGGACCACCUGACAAGCGAGGCGGCGGCCACCGGCAGCAAGGCGGUGGAGGAGCUGAAGGAGCAGCUGAAGGACACCAAGGCCAAGUACGAGGGGGCCUCGGCUGAGGUGGGCAAGCUGAGGAACCAGCUGAAGCAGAACGAGCUGUUGGUGGAGGAGUUCCGCAGGGAUGAAGCCAGGCUGGUGGACGACAACAAGAAGCUGCAGAGGGAGCUGAGCAUGUUGAAGGUGGAGCAUGAGAAGCGGGAGAGGAGGGCCUGCGAGGCGGAGGGUCAGCUGAAGGAGGCGGCGGCCAAGCUGGCAGAGAAGCUUGAGAAAGUGAAGAGCUCACUCUCAGGCGAAGUGGAGGAGAAGGCGCGGAGGUUGGCAGAGGCGGAGGCGGAGCGGCAGAAGCUGCGCACGGAGGCUCAGGGGCUGAGGGCGGAGCUGGAGGGCCAGAGAGGCCAGUUUGCCCAGUAUGUGAGGCCAGAGGAGCACAAGCAGCUGAAGGUCAGGUAUGAGCAGAAGGCCAGGGAGCUGGAGCGAGUGCAGGCGGAGCUGAAGCACCAGAGCCAGGCCUGGCAGGCAGAGGCGGAAAAGGCCAAGGCAGGCCACAGCCUGCUGAAGCAGCAAGUGGAGGCCCUCCGGAGCGAGAUGAAGAGCCAGUACGUGCCUUUGAAGAUCAGUGAGGAGGUGAAGCGGGCGAGCGAUGUCACGGUUGGGGAGCUGAACAAGAAGCUGGCGGAGAGCAGAGAGAAGUGUCAGAAGCACAGCGCAGAGGCAGAGAAGCUGCUGGCGGAAAACCUCCGCUUGAAGGAGACGGUUGGCCAGCUCCAGGCGGCUUACAUCCCUCGGGAGAAGCACGAGAAGGAGAUGAGAGCCUUGAAGCUAACCACGGCCGGCCUGGAGCGGCAACUCGCCGAGCUCAGCCAAAAGUACAGGGAGCAGCAAGCCAAGGCAUCUGAGUUUGCGUCCAAAAAUGCCACUCUUCAAGAGACCAUGGAAGAGCAGUACGUGCCGGUGGCUACUCACGAGGAGGUCAAGGCAGGGCUGAACAGCACUCUUGAAAGGACGGGCCAAGAGCUGCUGGAGCUGAAGGACAAAAUGGAAAGUGUCAAGCAAGAGUUUGUGAGGGUGAGCGAUGAGAACGGGACCCUGAAGAGGAAGCUGCGAACUCUGCAAAGCCAAGUGCAAGGAGGCGAAUACAUAAACACACGGGAGCAUGAAGCAAAAGUCGCCGCCCUCCAGAAAAACAUUCAGGAGCUGCAGGAGAACGGUUCCGAAAUGCAGGCAAAAUACCAGGCGAAGCAAGAGGAGGUGGCCCAGUUGCAUGCUGAGAUCAAGGCCCAGAAGAAGGAGCUUGACAUGAUCCAGGAAUGCAUCAAUUCCAAAUAUGCCCCCCUUGCCAGUUUCGAAGAGAAGGAGCGCUGCUUCGAGGAGACGGCGAAAGAACUGAGGAGCCAGCUGCAGAAGGAGAGGGAGCAGCGCCGAGAGAGAGAGGAGGAAGGCAAGAAAUGCAGCCAGGAGAACGAGAAGCUGAAGGCCAGGCUCCUGAGCGUCCAGAACGACUUGCAGCAGAACUAUGUCCUGGCGGAGAAGUCACACGAAAUGGAGCGGAUGUUUGCCAGCAAGAUGGACGGCCUCAACAAGCAGUUGUGCGAGCUGCAGCAGAAGUUUGCCGAGAUCCAGUGCGAAAAGGAGCGGCUUCAGGAGGAGAGCGCCCGGCAACGCUCCGAGGCCCGCGAGGCAGAGAGCCGCCUCCACGGCCAGUAUGUCCCACUGGAGCAGGUGGAAGCCCUGGAGAGGCAGCUCGGCCGCACCAUCGAAGAGCUGAAAGGGGAGCUGAGCAGCAAGGAGGCCAGCUGCCAGCAGGAGGUGCAGAAAUCCCAGGAGCUGCAGCAGGAGAUGGCCGAUCUCAAGGCCGCCUCUGUGCCCCUAGCCGAGCACCUCCGCAUCAAGGAGGGCUUGGAGAGGGAAGCAUCCGCCGCGAAAUCCGCCUUAAGAGAGAAGGAGGGAGAGAGCCAGGAGAGGGCAGAGAAGGUUGCCAAGCUGCAGUCUGAAAUCCAGAGCGCCAAAGAAGCCCUGUGGGAGCUGGAGAGCCGAGAGGUGGUUGGGAUGGCAGAGCACAAGAUGGUGAAGAGCAAGCUGGAAGGGCAAGUAGGCAGCAUGGCUGAGAAGCUGGCUGAGCUCAGCCGGAAGCUGGAGGCAGCCCAGCAAGCCAGGAUGGAGGAGGCACCCACCAAGGACAAGAAGGAGCCCCUGCAGUCCAGGAACUUCAGCAUUGAGCAGGAGAUCAAGGACCAGAAGGAGAGGUGCGACAAGUCCCUGAGCACCAUUGCGGAGCUGCAGAAAAGGAUCCAGGAGUCCGCAAAGCAAGUGGAAGCCAAAGACAACAAGGUGAGUUGGGCAAGGGGGUGGACUCAGUAGGCUAAAGGCCGGCUGGCAGCAUAUAAGGCACAAAGCAGAGGAUAAUGAAUGCAGAGGGAUCCUUGGUGGGAGAGGCAGCACUUGGACUAGCUUCUGACAUUAGCUGGGGGAGCAGGUAGGCCUGGAAGAACUGCUGCACUGCAGCCUUUGCCAGACUAGGCCUUCUGAGUAUUUUGGACUGCAACUCCCAUCAGCCCCAGGCAUGUAUGGCCAUGAUGGGUGUUGUAGUCCAAAACAUAAUAAGGCUCCAGGCUUGUGAAGGUGGUCCUGUAGUAGACGUAGACAACCUCCGAAUCCUGCCCAAAUCAAUUUGGAAGCCAAAUGCAGGCUGAUUGGUUGAAGUGGGGGUGGGCUGCACCCUUUAAGCCACAUUGGAAAUGGAUUCAGACAUGAUUUCCUUGCAUGAGAGGCAGACCUGCAGAGCUGGUUCAUCUGAUGAGGUGCUGCCUGUGGCUUUCAGCUCAUUGGGAAUUCAAAACGGGCUUCUUUCCUGUUGGUUAGUUCAAAAGCCCAUGUUUCAAAUUACCCAUAUUUUAAUUAUUUUUGCCAUCUUGCAUUUAUCGUAUUGUGCACCAGCCUGUGUUCUGUGGGGAGGAAGGGCAGAUUAAUAAUAAUAACAGACGUAGUGAAGUUCUGAACUGCUUCAUGCACAGCCACCUUCUUGCCACUCCAUCUCAGACAAAACAAUGUGUGUGCUGCGCUUUGACAACCCCGGUUUCCCUCCUUAAUAGACCUUUGCAAUGUGCAUCCAUGCACAGCUCCUGGCCCUGAGACAGUCCUUGUUUCCUUGCAAACUGGUGACUUGAAUUUUGGGGACUUUGGGGUAUCAUAGCACAUUGUUGUUGUCCCCCCCCCAGCCCCUAGCAAAGGGCCAGGGUUUUGGUGACCUUCCUGUUGCUUGCUUGGCUCUGCUCCAGGCAGGGCAGAAUACAGGUUGGAAGCAAGCAGCUUUCAACUUCUUUUUUUGCUUUGAUCACACAAGUGUAAGUCUGGGAUGGGAAACAUCUGUGGCUCUCCAGGUGUUGCUGGACUCCAUCUCCCAUCAGCCCCUGCAUCCAGCACAGCCAGUGGUCAGGGAUGUUGGGAGUUGUAGUCAUCGAAAUAUUUGUCAGGCCACAAGCUCCCCAUCCCUGUAGUAGAUGUUGCUGAGGAACCGCAGAGGAAAGGCUUACGGUUUGAACUUUGGCAAUGUCUCUCUUGAAGAUAACUGAGCUACUUAAUGAUGUGGAGCGGCUAAAACAGGCCCUUAACGGUCUCUCUCAGCUUACGUACAACAGCGGCCUCCCCACAAAGCGACAGAGCCAGCAGGUCGAAGUGCUCCAGGCGCAGGUGAAAACCCUCCAGCAGCAGCUGGCCGUAAGUAGUGAACUGCAGCCAUCGGGUGGUAGCUGAAACUUGUCUCAUUGAUCAGGGUUCUGGUGCUUGGGGGUGAGGGGAAGACAGCAGGACUGGGUGUGGUGACCAUCCUUGAGCUGUGGUCUUGCAUGAUGCUGGCAAACAGUUUAAGGUCCUAUAACCUUUGUUUCCAGUUUUUUAAAAAAUGUUUUUUCUGUUCUUUGCGGUUGCAAAGCUAAGCUGGAAAGUCUGUGGGCAAUUUUAUUUAUUAUGCAUUUACUUAGAAUCUUUGUUCCUGACUCUUCAGCCUUACAUAAAGUCAAAGCGAGACAGUCCCUACCUGCAGGCUUACUGUCUAAAAAAUAAAUGACACACAAGGGAAAAGGAACAUGGAGGGAAGAGGAAAAUAAAAACCCUGAACUCCAGCAUCAGUUUCUGAACAGUUGUUCCUAUAAUGGCUGGCUGGCACAGUUCAGGGGCAGGAGGUGCUUGAUGGAGCUGGGCAAUCAGCAAAGCUCUCCCAUGGCAGCAGUCUGAGGCAAUGGGUGCCCCCAGAUGACAGUUGAGGGGAGAGGAGGCCUGAUAGAGCAGAACAGAUGGCAUGAGCUCUGCUUUCCAGCUCAAUGCCUGGCAUGGCGUCUUAGGAAAUGAAGGGAUUUUUGUUGGCCUUAGAAGUAGGGUGCCAGCAUCCCUGUAAUGCUGUGCCUCUCUCCAAGACUAGGAAAUAUGGGAAACUGCCUGAUGGAGUCAGACCAUCAGCCCACCUAGCCCAGUAUUGUCUACACUGACUGGCAGCAGUGGCUCUCCAGGGUUUCAGGCAGGCAGUCUCUCCCACCCUUACCUGGAGAUGCCGUUGCGAUUGAGCUGGGGACCUUCUGCCUGCCGUAAACCACAGCCCUUCCCCAAGGGGGCUAGCGAAGCAGACUAAACUUUGAGAAUGUAACUCUGGAGAAUGACCAGGUGUGCUCUUUUAUCCUAGGAUGCUGAGAGGCAGCACCAGGAGGUCAUCUCAAUAUAUCGGACGCACCUUCUCAGUGCUGUUCAGGUACGUGUUCUGCUUUUGCUGCUGCCUGCUGUGUUGGGCAGUGAUCUUUUCGCACCCUUUUUGACUGAUGCCUGCUGAACCUGCCUUAGAUAAAUCUUCAAGGGAGGCAGCAUGGAGGGUUGUGGGGCAUGUUCCACAGCUUGCCUGUGUUGUUUGUUCCACCACAGUUUCUCUUACUCAGUAGGAACAGCUUGCUGGGGUUGGAGGGACAUCUCUCGCUACCCACUGCUUCCUUCUAUGAUCAGCCAGAGCCAGUGAAUAGUUUAGGCCAGUGGUUCCCAAAGCUUUCGGGGCAAGCUCCUCCUUGGUUUCAUAAACUCAUGCCCAGUGCCCCCCUACCCUAGAAAAAGCAUGAUUCAGAAUAGCAGUUUGCACAACUCACUAAGGAAGAUAGUAACACAACAACAAAAUUCAAAAUGGUUUCAAUUAAUUGCACAUUUAUUCUAGUACCCAUUAAAGCAGUUUAGUUUAGUUUAAUUCAGUUGAUAGUCCUUUACACCUCCAGCACACCCCUAGGGAAUCCCACUGCCCCCUGGGGGUGUGUGAUACCACCCACUUUGGGAUCUAUAGGUUUUGUCACUGCAACUGAAAAGUCACUGAAAAGUUCCAAGUCCUUCUGUGUUUUCUGCAGCUCUCCUCUUUGUUUUUCAGGGUCACAUGGAUGAAGACGUCCAAGCUGCCUUACUCCAGAUCAUCCGCAUGCGGCAAGGGCUUGUUUGUUAGGGGUGGGGGUGGGAGGGGGGGUCAUGCUGUUGGUCUGAAGGUGCCUACAGCUGUGAAAGCAUGCCUUCCUUCCUGCUUCGAUCCAGAAAGCGAAAAAAGGGCUAUAUUUACACAGUCUCGAUUUUUUAAACAAAGCAAAGGGGCUAUUAAUUGUUUGCCUACUAAACUUAGAAUUUGAAAGGUGAAAUGCCUGCGGUUUAGAUAUCUGGGUAGUCAAAAUGAUGACAAAAGCAAAGUUCUUCUGAAUGUCGGAUUGACAACGCAAAUGUUAUAAAACAUCAGGAAAGAAAACCCCUCUUUGCUCUUUUCCUGUCCAAACAAAACCCACUCUCACUCGACUGCAAAGUGUGAACAAAAGUGGGGGCCCCAAACCAAGUCAGUGUGGCCAAAAUCUUGUAACUCUUCUUCUUUUCCGAAUGGGUUUUACCCAGGGGCGAUUUUUCGGGGGCUGUGUCAGGUUGACUGUAUUUCUAGCCCAGUCAGGUGAAACAAGCGGUCAAGGAGGCUGCAAGGGCCAUGCUCCGUAUCGUUGCAGCUUGGCUGGCCGAGUUGCAUCUUCUUAAAUCAUUUUAAGAAGGAGUUGUGCCUUUCUAGCGCUGUCUUCACGAGCAAAAAAAUCCAUCUCCUACAAACGUUUUUGCGUGUUUUUUAUAAGAGAUAUUUUUUCACAGAUUCUUUGUUACUGAUUUACACAUAGUUUCAAGAGCAGCAGGGCUGAGGAAGACGUGAAUGAACAGCUACUGCCUUAUCUUGAAUUGCAGCAGCCUCACAUUUGUUUUAGAGAAUUCUCCGUUUUGUUUUCAGAAGCAAAGGACAUUUCCUGCAAUUAAAAAAAGGCGUAGUGGUGUCAGGAAAAAAAAGAGAGAACUCAGAGCAAACACUUGCAAAAACAAGGAGACGAACACACGUGCCUCUUGCUUUUUAAGAUGACCUUGUGAUCCCAUUUGCUUUUUUACUCCAAGUGUAUUUGGCCCAGCUGUCUUUUGCAAGCUGGGAGGGAGGGAUCACUUGUUCUUACCAAUGGCUGAGCUUGAAAAGGCUCAUUGAACCUCGUGCCAAGGAAAGAGGCAGCCUCUCCUGGAAGGGUGACCACUGGUGGUUGCAGCUUCACAUAGGAGCAAGCAAAUCUUCCUUCAUGUACUGGUUUCUCGGUGAAAAUUGGGUGGCCCCUCCCCUUUGGCCUGGCAGCUAGCUGGCUAGCGUCACCUGUGUCUCUCGGAGUGGCUGCCAGCACCUCCCAACCAACCUUCCUAGGGAACAAGCUCAUGAGAAUCUCAUGUUCUCAUGCAAUGAUCCUUUUGGACAUCCUCAGGUGCAAGAUGAUGUCCCUGGUGGGGGUUGUGCCUGAAGGAGCUUGUAUUCAUCCAGUCAUGUAUUCAUCGUGGACUCAUUGAAGUCAAUGAACUCUGGUGGGUCUGCUCUGAGUAUGACUUGGUUGGAUUGAGCCCCUAGACCUUUUCUCCCUAUAUGCAAAAAGUGUCGAUCACUCAAUAAGCCUCCCCACGAGCUGGAUUUGACUGACAUUCAAUUUCGUAGUGACUUCUUAAGAUGCUUUCUUCCUUUUUAAAUACUAUUGUUUUGUAAAUUUAUGUACUAUAAAUCACUACGGUGGCUUUUAUUUAUGCAGGGAGAAGCGUAGGUAGGAUGAGAGGUGUAACUCAGCUUAGUGUGUGUGUGUUUGUUUCUACAAAUGAACACUACAAGGCUUGAUAGUUUGUUUUAAGUAAAUGUGCAAUAAUUCUGAAAGCAGAAACGUUAAAUCCUGGGUUGCUGGAAGAAGAAACGGAAACUUUUGAAACAGAAAAAAUAUUUAAAAGGGGGCUGUUUUAGAGAAAUUCCAGUUUGGCGGUUGUAUUCUGCAGAGCUGGGAAUAAUCUCCAGGCAAACUUGCUUGCUGCUGGGAAACUGUUCAGGCAGAGCGCAUGCGCCGUUGCUUACUCCCACAGGGUGGUGUCUCCUUCCUCCACCAUUCCCACCUGACAUCCAUUCCUGGAGGCAGAGCUUGCUGCAGGUUGCCUUGCCUCUUAGUACAUGUUGCACAUGCUUGAGAAACCAGUGCCUCCAACCAUGAAGCAAGCCAAGUCCAGUUGCCUUCACUUUCCAGAUUGGCAGAUAGCAGGCACUUGACUCUCAACAUCAUUAAUUGGCUUGCAAGCAUGAGCCGCCCUUCCUAGGGGCAGAAUUGUCUCCUUGUUGCAGAGCUGGCCGUCUCCACUGAGAGGCCAAAAGGGGCUUCUUAUCUCCUGAACUCCCCAGAAGGGCUUGAACAUUAACUGGGUAGCCUUGGGGCAGGACUUCAGAAUCUGCAGAGAACAUCAGUGAACACACCCUGCUGUUAACUACCAGUCACUGCCUCUUUCUGAAGAAGGGCCCUGGGGUGGGGGAACCCAGUUCACCAAGUGUUCUUCGUGCUCUUAGCAGCAGUAUUUUCUUUACCAAAAACAACUGGACAGUAACUGAUUGGUUUUGAUAUACUAAUCCUGACAGUUUGGGUAUUGUAACUCUCCUUUUUUCUGGGAGGCAUUUUGUGUAUUUUUAUUCUCUCUCCCACACUACAUAUCAAUAAAGUUUUAUCUUCUGUGUUAUUGUUGCUGAGUGUUUCCUGUCCCUCACUGAGACUAUGGGCUGCUUGGGGGAAGCGAGUUUGACUGUGGAUUUGGGAGAAGAAUUGAAGAACCAUAGAGCAUUGGCAUAUGAUGAGGAGGAGGAGAUUUAUUCUCUGCACUUCAGAGUGGCUUAAAAUGAAAUAUUGAAACACCACAAAAUAUCCAACACAUAAGAAGAGCCUACUGAAUUAGGAAAUCUAGUUCAGCAUCCUGGUCUCACAGUAGCCAACCAGAUGCCCCAAUGGGAAACCCACAAGCAGAACCCCCAAG